AUGAUUAAAUACCAAAUAACCGUGAAGCAGACAGGUAGAUGAAAUGGCUCUCUAAUGGAAUGGGCCUGCUGAGCUAAUCACUUUUGCUCAUAUAAACAUUUGAUGAUAUAGAAGGAUAUCAUCUUUGUCUAAUGCAGCAAAGAAAUACUUUGGAGUAACCGUAAACAAAACCUAUUUUCCUUCUGGGGUACAACUGUUGCACACUUUUGUACAACAUUUACUGUACGAAGCUGUCUAAGGCAACUGAUGGUAGUUGCUUCACAUACGGCAGAGGGAAGCGCAUUCCACAGUACAGGGGCAGCAGAAGAAAAUGCCCUCUGCAGUGAGCCGAGAAGAAUUACCCCAUAGGAUUGAAGUGAUCUUACAGUUCUAUGCAGGGCCAGGGGGACUUUCAGGUAACCUGGUCCUGAGUUUUUCAGGGCUUUAUAUAUUGACAAUGUGAUUCUUUUCAUUUUGCCUUGAGAGGGAUGUUAAAUCAGCGUGCAUAGUACUCAAGGUUAGUCAAGUAAUGUUGACGUCCAUCGGGCAGAAAAUCCCACAAAUGUCUCUUAACCCCCACUCUGAAAUUAAUUAUUAUUAUUAUUAUUAUUAAAACCUCCAAUGCAAACAAAUUAGAUGACCAACAAUUUAUUGCCCUUCUACCAACUUCCUGAAGUGAUUGCUUCACUCUCAUUAGCCGUGCAAAUCAGCUUCCUUUGGAGGCUACCUCAAUCUGCCUAAUGGUAGGGCUGGACAUUGUCCAGGGUUUAAUGAGUGAGGCCAGUUUUCUGAGGCCUGGAAAAUCUGGUUUCUAGCUUGGGCAUUGGGGCAGAGUUGGCUCCAGUUGUCCUGCUAGAUUAUCUUCACAAAUGAUGUCCCCAGGCUGCUGGUUCUGAUAGACCGCUCCGCAGCUUCCAUUACCAUCUGCUAUGUAUCAGGAUACAUAGAAACAGGUCUCAGAGGCAUAGUGUAUAGUGGCUCUUGUCAGGGUAUGUUUCAGAAGGUCAUGCUUGGGGAUUCUUCUUCCCCAUGGAAUUGUGGCACAUGAGCUGGGGUAUUGUCCCUGUACUACCCUCUUGGCUGUGAUGGCACUACUGCUCAUCAGGACUAAGAUGGGUCAGGGAAGGUGGCGACAAGGGCAGGGGAAACUUUGGGUUGGUGGGAAACUUUGAACUAGAAACUCUUGGGCAAGUCACUAUCUCUUAGGCGGCCAUUGUAGAUAUCACAUUCCCUGUCCCUCUGUAUGGUGACAGUGGACAUAUAGGUCAUGAUCACACAAUACUUCAAGGACCGCCUCUUUCCAUAUGAACUUACCUGGAAACUGAGAUCAUCCUCUGAGGCCCUUCUUUGUGUGCUUCCUCCAUGGGAGGUACCAAGUUUGGCAACGUGAGAACGGACCCUUUCUGGUUAUCCAUUUGUGGAAUGCUCUCCCCCAGGAGGUUCGGCUGGUGCCUUCAUUUUACACCUUUAGGCACCAGGCAAAACAUUGCUCCUUAAUCAGGCCUUUGGCUAAUUGACAUCCGAUGCCCUUUUAAAUGUUUUGCGGAAGGGGGGGGGAUUAUUGGGUUGUCUCUGUUUUUGUUUUUAUUUGUGUUUUUUAUAUUGUAAUUUUGUGUUAUAAACAGCCCUGAGAUCUACGGGUAUAAGGCAGUAUACAAAUUUAAUAAAUAAUAAUAAUAUGGGUUGGUCUUAAAGGUCAUUAGUUUUAAGCCUUUAUGUCAAAAGCAAGCGUAUUUCUCUCUUAAGAUUGUUAACCUUCUGCAUUGGGAAUGAAUCACGCAUCAAGAGUUGGGAGUGUUCCUGCUGUUAUUUAAAUCCACAAGCACAAACUUGUUCUCUAAGCACCACCAAUGCUUGCCAGGUGCUGUAGAGCAGAAAUGUGACCUGAGUAUGAAGAUAGGAUUGUGGUGCAAUUUGAGGAUGAAGUAAUGGCAUCUCCCUGUUAAGUAUAAUAGUGGCACAAAACCACCAUUCCCAUUUGGCUCUUUUAAAUGCUACUACAAAACUUGGCAUAGUGGGAUAUGCCCUUGAUACUCUAAAUGGCAUUCCUCAAUAAGGCCCAUCAAUAAUUUAUCUAAGAGCAAUAUUUGUAGAAGCAUUAAAUUAAACAAAGAUGCCACAGGGAAUUUAAAGAUCCUCUUCCGCCAGUUUAAAUCGGAAGAAGAAGAAAGCAGUAAACGGAUGCCCCAUUCCUCUUGAAAGAAAGAUUCCCCUGAUUAAGCCAGUAUCUCAGUGGCUAACAUUAACUCUACCCCAUACCACACAACUGUCCCAUUUCAAGCAAGACAUCCCAGAUUUACAGAAACUACCCUGGCUUCUGAUCCCAACACCAGAUGUCCUGUUUGGGCUGUGCCAGAGUGCAGGACCAAAAGACACAGAUUUUUUGGUUCCAUGCUGUGGAGCAAGUGUAAUUUAUCUACUAAUUUAUCCAAAAGAGAUAGAAAAAGCAGAUUCAUGCUAUUACGAGUUGUGUGUGAGAUUCCUUCUGCCUUCGUUGUGAUGUGCUUAGAGCAAUCAAAAACAGAUUCUUAACCCAGUCAACUCUUCAAUACAACUCAUUGUUUAUUGUUGAAUAAUUUUCGUAUAAAAAUCGCUGUAUCAAUAGAAUAGGGGUUUUUUAAGAAAAGAAAAGAAUCUAAAUUGUUCAAAUGCAACCAGCACAGACACAUAAAAAAUAUUUUCCUUUUAUUUUCUGGUGCUGUCUAGAUCCUGAGAAUGGUAUAUUUCAGUCCUAAACGCACUUAUAUACCUGUGGAACAUAUUCCUAAAUAAGCAAGUAUAGUAUUUAAGACCAUAAAACCACACUGAUAACAACAAUAUUACAGUCAGCCUAGGAUUGUAGCUUAUCUUGAUGAGAUCACCAAAUAUAAUAAUAAUAAUAAUAAUAAUAAUAAUAAUAAUAAUAAUAAUUUAUUAUUUAUACCCCGCCCAUCUGGCUGGGUUUCCCCAGCCACUUUGGGCAGCUCCCAACAGAAUUAUAUUAUAUCUAAAUGUAAAAGGUUUUCCUUUAUGAUAACACAAACGCAGUGAGCUUCUUUACUCCAUAAAAUGCACAUCUAUUGUUAGUUUAACAACAUUCAGCUCCUCCAUUUAAGCAUUUACAGAUGACUUGGUUCAGAGAUCCAUUUAGAUGAAUAUUUAUUAAAGGUAACUGAAAGACACCUUUGGCUGUUUCCACCCUGUUCAUUAUUUUUCCAGCUCUAUGAGAAGUCUAGUUAAUUUAUAUUCAGGAUGUAAAGCAUAAUUCAUCACAUAUAAAAACUGUUCGGGAAAGCAUGAAUUGUAAUUUAAAGGUACUGUGAGAUCUAUAAAAAAGAUCAUACUUCUGGGUCAAGUCCUAUUUAUAUCUGUACUAUUAAAAAAACUAAUAUAAUUGAACAGAGGCCACCAAAGAGGUAAAAAAGGAAUAUAAUUUAAUGGUCUUAAACUAGCGUUGGGUUAUGUGAGCUCAAGACCAUUGAUUUUAGUGUAACGUUAAUGUGCAUGUGUUGGCUUUUGAUCAUUUGGAAUGCCUUGAAAAGCUACUAUCCUGGCCCAGCAAUGCCUAAUGGAAGAUACAAUAACCCACCUAUUAAUAUUUCAAGAGAGCAGCAGGCAAGAGCAGGCAAAAUAAGAGAUGAAAAUCAAUGUCCAUAUAAAUGAAAUGCUGUUGUUUGGUUAUUGGCUAUGGCUCUGUCACAUCUAACCAUAUGGUUUCAGGUAGUACCAUCUGCGCUGGUGGUAAUACAUAAUCUUCACCAUAGUAGUCUUAUAUUGUAAGAUGUGAGCCUGGGAUAAUGGCUCAAAAGAUGAAAUGGAACAAAUAACAUGACAAUAUUGAUUUACGUUCCCAGAUUUGUCUUAGCAUUAAUAUCUGGUUAUUGUGACCACAGGGACACCAAAACAUGGAGAUAGUGAGUUGCAUCAAAGCAAUAGCCAAUUAGAGUUUGUCCAAAUGGUGCAUCAAUUUAGACUGUAUACAAGUUGCACCUGCAACAAAACAGUGAUGUGCAGAGUGGUCCUGUUCACAUUUCUACCCACUCCAGUUCAUUCCCCUUGCCCUGCCCAGUUUCUCAUUUUCCUCCCAACAAACUAUUGGAAUUUGUUUAUUAUGAAUGCAUUUGCUUCACCACCACAUAUCUCCCCCCUUUCUAUGUCCUGGCAAGCAGCAGUAGCAGCAUGACUGACAGGAGGACAGGCACAUGGUGCCACACUACCAUGCUAUCUGCCACUGCUUCUGCUCUUGAUCUCCAGGGCCUGCCAACCUGCCCACUCAGGUCAGUGAUCUUGAGGGUGGGGGAUUCCUGCAGCUGUUCUUGUCUGAUGGAAUGCCUCGAGUACAGUGUGGCAUGUAGCAAACAUUGCCCCCUUUCCUUUUACUCCUUCCCCCAAUGAAUCACUUAGUGAUGGGCAGGAAGGGAAGACUUAUAGUAUAUGUAUAAAUUAUAUGGACUUGAAAUCUGAGCAUUUAAUGCUUGGAAGUACAGAGGUUGACUAUAAUGGAACACCUAAACAACAGCUCAUUGAUAAAAUAAUGCAGGGAGAGUUGUUAUUGAUUAUCUAAAAGCCUUUCAGUAUCCAAAGAAAGAGCUUUCUAAUUUGAACUACUGUGAUCCAAGAAAAUUAGAAGAACUGCCUGCAUUCUAAUUUGCACUUAUCUGAUGGAAUAAUUGAAUUAGGCUUGUCUGCAGUAAUCCCCCUCCCCCUAUUUCCACAGAAUAUUUUCAUAGCACAACAUUUCUGUGUUAGCAAAUGAAAUAGACUUUUGAAAAUGUGUUGGGCUUUACCUUUUAUUAGUACAGACCUGAACAUGGGGAAGGAGUGCACAGAUACCCAGUUUCUUGAUCCAUGUAGACUGGAUCAUGCUCAGGAAUGGGUCAGGUAGUCUGUGCCCAGUCAGAAGGCUACUCAACAUCUUCUUAUCCCAACAUCAGGAUGCUUUCAGGAGCAGAUUAAACAAUGUUCCAGCAAUUUCAUGAAAAUACUUCUCAGAGAUACAACAGCACAUAGCAAACAGUGACUGGCAGACUGGUUUGAGAGAAAUGAGUAGAAUUCCCAGGCCUAGGAAUUGAAUGUGGUCCUUCAGGCCUCUUCCCAAGUGUCACACUCUCAUCCCCAAACACAACAACAGUGGCUCUUAGUUGAGAAUAAGAAAGGGAUCUUUAUUUCGGCUAAAAAUGUUACAGGCUCAGCAGCAAGCAUAGGGCCCAGAAAUCAGGAUCCCAAGGUAACACAUACAGAACUGAACAGAAGCAAUGCAGAUGUCCCAACAAUUUCCCCUCCCACCAAGCUUUUAAAUAUGAGUCAGGGUGCGUUAACUUGCAAUACUCUCUCACUUAUGUGACCAUUCAAAGUCAUGCUCUGUCUGGGCUAGUGCAUCUGAUCCAGUCCACAGAGGCAGCACUUGGUUACUGGCAACAAGACGGUGUCCUGCUAACUCUGACUCCUGCUUCUCCUCUACCUCUUCCUGCUCAGCCCCUUCCGCUGGAUGGAGUGUAUCCAAACUGUCCAGUACCUUGCUGCAAACACUCCAUUUGGGGGGUUUAAUGUUGCCUACUGCUGGUGGGAGACUGCCUGGAGGAAUCUUCUUGUCCACUUGGGUAUAGGUUGGGGUUCCAUCACAGCAGAGCCCCCCAACUCAUCUCUACUCCAUAAUCCACCCUUCCAGAACACAUUUUAAAAGGGCCAUCAGCCAAAGGUUAAAGAGGAACAUUUUUGCCUGGCACCUAAAGGUGUAUAAUGAAGGCACUUAAGGCAUUCUAAUCUGUAUAUAUACACAGGAUACUGACCUACAACACAGUCCUAAUCCUGUCUACUACUUGAAUUCAAUGGGGCUUAUUUCCAGGUUAGUGGGGUUGUUGUUGUUGUCAUCAUCAUUAGGACUGCAGUCUUAGUGCAGCCAGGAUGCACCCAGAAAGCCAGGAUGAAAGGGUGGGAGGAAUAGCAAAACAGAGUGAUAUUUUGAAUUCCCUGGGAAAUAGACAUUAAUCCAUACAAUGGCAGAAGCACAGUAGAUACUACAUCUUCACUCCUUGGGGACACCCCCUGAUCAUAUUCCGAUCCAUUAUCUGUAUCCAUUAUCUAUACUCUGCAGUUUGCUUUCUCUUACUGGAAAUUUUGUUUCAGUUGUUGCCAGAGGGCAGAUCGCAGGAAGUUAUACUGCACAGUACCCAAACUAUCCCCUUCUUUCAAAUAUCACGUAACUGUCGGGGAGGCUGUACUGUAGCUUGUCAUCUGCAUGCAUUAUAGCUCCGGUGGAAAUCAAUAGCCAUUCUGCACCAAGUAUUAACAUCUGACAGACGGAUAUUUCUCAGACAUGAUUGGUUGCAAGCUCUCUCCAGGCUCCUUUGGGUAUUGUGAGGAUAACUCCAGUUAUAAUAUCAAGAGCGCUUUAAGCAUGGAACAGAAAUAGUGUAUUCUAUUCCUCUUAAGCGGAAGAGGUUUCGCAGGAGUGCUGGAGUCUUCUUGAGUCUGCUUUUGCCGAGACAAAGUUUUGAGAAGAUGAAGACAGAACCAUCGCCUUCCCAAACAGAGAAAAAGUCCUGCAACCAAGUGUUUUGGACAGUCUUCCCUCAUGUCUGCUUCAUUUGUUCCUUAGUGAUCUACGCAUUGCUGGGUGCUCUCAUGUUUUCUCACGUUGAAGGCAACAGAGAAAGCAAUGAAACAGAAGCAUAUCAGACUUUCAUGCGGCAGCUUUGGAAUCUGUCAAAGAAUUCAUCAGGUAUGUGCACAAGUAGCAUUGGCAGAGAUGUAUUAACCCAAGUUCAUUUCACAGAGUGGAUGUCAAUUCUCUUGUCCUUUUGAAUGUCUGAAUAUAUUUGGGCACCUGUGACUCUGCAAUAUACUGUGUUGGGUGGUUGGUUUGUUUUUUGCUUGUUUUAAUGUGAAAGGAUUUCUCAUCCUCGGAGGAAUCUCUGCUCCCAGUUUCCGAACAUCAUACUUAUCUCUGGUUUAUGAAAACAGCAGCUCCUUAGUUCUUCUUCCCCAUUUUAUGACUUUACUGUUGUGUAGAUCUUUCUCACCCCACAAUCUUGGUCAUGGGUUGUGGGGCACUGCCCAUGAAUGGACAUUUUGGUGUGAAACAGAUUCCUUGGUUCCAGUAAAGCAGUUCAUCAUUUCGAGGCUUUCUUUCACACCAAUUACUGUACCAUGAGUGCCCUACAAUGCUACAGUCCUAAAGUCAAGUUUUGUACACAUUCUAAGAAGCAAUAAGUCCUUCUCGAGGAAUGUGAUUGUUCCAGGAUGCAUCAUUUUAAGAAAGAAUGGGUUUGGAGCAACGGUGAUAAUUUAUUGAAAAAAUAUUUAAGAUCCAAAUUUGUCAGGAACAUUUUGUUAAAAUUAUGCUUUAAAUUCAACCUCAGGUUUAAUUUUAUGAUGUUUUCUUUCUUCUAUCACUCCUCAGUAUUUUCUCCAUGCCUUCGCUCAGUGCUAUGGAAAACAUGUAAAAGCACACGAUUGUGUUACCAAGCAGGUGCUGUUUGCAUUUAUUUCAACACCUGCUAGAGUGGAAACCCCCACCCCUUUGGAUGGCAUGCAUAUCUGUGGUAUGAUAAGGUCAAAGCACAUAAAGCAUUUAAAAACCAUAUUGUCAGGAAAGCAUUGUUUAAUGUUUGGAUAAGAUAUAAGGAUUUAUUGGAAAAUAAAACCCCAAGGUGGCUGUCACCGAUGGAAGCGAAAGCUCUGAAAAGCUCAAUAUGGAGGUCAAAUGGCCGAAAUAUUGGGAAAUUUUGGAACAAGAUGGAGAUAGAUUGAAACUGCAGAGUUUUGAAAAACUAAAAAUAAAGUGCGAGACUGGCUUCAUUAUUAUCAGAUAAUGGAGGCAUACAAUUUGGACAAGAAAAUCGGCUUCCAGGUGGAAAAAUCAAAAUUAGAAACAGAAUUGUUAGAACCCAAAACUAAGAUUUUGUCAAAGAUGUAUAACUUGCUGUUGAAAUGGAAUACUCAGGAUGAAACGGUGAAAUCUGCUAUGAUUAAAUGGGCACAAGACGUUGGACAUAACAUAAUGAUGGCUGACUGGGAACAGUUGUGGACCACAGGUAUGAAGUUUACGGCAUGCAAUGCCUUAAGAGAGAAUAUUAUGAAAAUGAUAUACAGGUGGUACAUAACCCCAGUCAAGCUUGCAAAAAUCUACCAUUUGCCCGAUAAUAAAUGUUGGAAAUGUAAAGAAACUGAAGGUACAUUCUUUCACCUUUGGUGGACAAGCCCAAGGAUUAAGGUUUUCUGGGAGAUGAUUUAUAAUGAAUUAAAAAUGGUAUUUAAAUAUACCUUCUUGAAGAAACCAGUGGCCUUCCUCCUGGGCAUAGUCGGCCAAUCGGUGUUAAAGAAGGACAGAACUUUCUUUAUGUAUGCUACAACAGCAGCAAGAAUACUUAUUGCAAAGCAUUGGAAGACACAAGACCUACCCACACUGGAGGAAUGGCAGAUGAAAAUGAUGGACUACAUGGAAUUGGCGGAAAUGACUGGCAGAAUCCGAGACCAGGGAGAAGAGUCGGUGGAAGAAGAUUGGAAGAAAUUUAAAGACUACUUACAGAAAUAUUGUAAAAUUAAUGAAUGUUAGAAUGAUGUUGGAUUGAAGUUAAGUGGUUUCUAGCUGUAAUGGUAUAAAAGAAUAUGGAAAAAUUGGAUUUUCAAUACGUAAAAACCUAAUGCUAUAAUAUAUUAAGAUUAAAGAUCAGGAUUAAAAAGGAGGGAAAGGAAUUGCUGGACUAAUAAAUUGAACUGGAAUACAAAAAAGGGAGGUAUGAGGAGGUCCGGGAAACAAGUAAAUGAAAGAGAAGUGAUGAAAAGAUGGAAUUGUUUUUAAUUGUUUUUGUGUGUGUUUUUUUUUAUUUUUCUCUUUCUUAUCUAUGUAUUCUUUUUUUGAAACCUUAAUAAAUAUCAUUAAAAAAAAAAAGGGAAACCCCACCCCAACCAGGAAUUAAGGGGAGAACAGCUGCCAGAUCAUAAGCGCCCCCCCGUCCAAUCAUUUCUUUCCUCUCCAUGGAAUGAUGCACUGGAAGAGAGGCGUGUGUGGACUUGUUUUUAAAAAGCUAAAUCUCAAUAAAAGCCAGCCAGCCAGUCGGUGCUGAAUAACUCAAUGGUCCAUAACGCUUACUUAUUGUCCAUCAUCCAGGACCAUAAUUUUCAGUUUGUUUAAUACUAAAUCCCACUUUCUUAUGAACAGGAAAUGAGAUCUCCUUUGAUGAGUUCAAGGAAGAAGCACGUAAGCUGAUUGAAACAAUUGAAUGGGAAUGGUUUGGCGACCCUAAAAAGAAAUGGUCCUUUCUGGGCUCUCUCUUUUUCUGCUGCACUGUGUUCACAACAGUGGGUAAGUAUGAGUUUUUGAAAGUAUUUUGCACUUGACUUGUUAAGAUAAUUGAGCUCAUCAGCAUGUCUGCAAGAAAUAUAUAAACCCCAGUGGGGACCUGUAGCUUCUUCAGCAACAGCAUAUGCCACCAGAAUCUCAGAGUUGCCUACAUUACACCAUGAAUAUAGUCAUUUGAGGGUGAAUGUCGGUGUCCAUGUACAUAGGAGUAACUCUUAUUGAACUCAGAGAGAUUACUUCCAAAUAUAUAUAUGCAUAGGGUUUAUGGUUGCAAAGCUACAAUCCUGUGCUCAUUUAUCAGACAGUAAGUCACAUUGGAUACAGUGGGAUUUACUUCUGAGAAAACAUGUGAUUGUACUGCAAGUUACAUCAAGAACCUCUCAUAAAGUUUUUACGUACAACGUGUUAUAAAAAUAGCUGAAACAAACAAGUUAAGUCAAGUCAUCAUUGGCUGCAGAAACUUCCCAUAGAAAGAUGGGGUAAAGCUCCCAGGAUUAUUCAUUGGGGCAGCCAUAUAAGGGAGUACAGGAUGUGUGGCUCAUGAGGGUCCCCAGGUACACCAAAUCUAGAAAUCUUCUUACAUUUUUGUUUGUAAAAGGUUUAAAGUUAUUGAUGUUAAAAAAAAUAAUAUUUGCAAUAUUUGAAUAUAACUUUAUUAUGUCAGUUAGUAUUAUGUGUAAAGACGUGUCUCUAAUUUAUAUACAUUCUGAAGAUUUGUGCUUCAUAUUUUAAUCCCCAAUCAAAUCACAUCACAUCAAAUCUUUACUAAUCUUGUUGAUGAACAACAUUUAGAGAACAGGAUAAAACACACGUAAAACAAAUUCAUUUCAUAUUUAAUUAUAUUCCAACAGAAUAUUAAUACAGUAUUAAUAAUAAUAAAGUGAUAAAAUAUCAAACAUUAAAAACUUCCCUAAACAGGGCUGCCUUCAGAUGUCUUCUAAAAGCCAGAUAGUUGUUUAUUUCCUUGACAUCCAAUGGGAGGGUGUUCCACAGGGCGGGCGCCACUACCGAGAAGGCCCUCUGCCUGGUUCCCUGUAACCUCAAUUCUCGCAGUGAGGGAACUGCCAGAAGGCCCUUGGAGCUGGACCUCAGCGUCCAGGCAGAACAAUGGAGGUGGAGCUGUUCCUUAUUAAUUUUGUUGGCCUCCAUCUAUCUUGAGAGACAAUGGAGUGUGCCUGGGGGGCAGGCGCAAGUCAAACUGCUGUGCUAGCAGCACUGAAGUGACUCCCCUGGGGCACAAACCAGGGCAGUGUGUAUGGAGGUCCAGGGCUGCCAAGAUGACAAGACAAGAUCCCCCUCUCAGCCUCUCUGUUGUGGUUCAAAGGAAAGCCGAGCAAUAUGUUUGGCACCAGCAUUGCUGCAGGAAGGAGGUGUACAAGAUCCUGUUAACUGUCUUAGGGACUCCACUCAGGAUUUGUGUAGGGUUUAGUCCUUAGCUUUUUCUUCUCCCAAAGAUAUCCCACAAGGCAGCAGAGGUUUAGGAUCAGAGUUUUCCUUCUCCUAGAUGGGCUGCCUUCCCAGGUUGAUGAGCCCCAUCUGCCCCUCACUUCCCUCUACAGCAUGUGCAGAAACCCCCUUCUUAAUCGUUGGACCCACCACUGGUCUUGUCCACCCAAUCUGGCAGCGCCUGUCUUCAAGUGCAGGAGAAGUCCCUAACUCACCAAGGGUUUGAGACCCAUCGGCUACCCUCACCUGGUUUCGCCAGCCAGUUGAAGUCAUUCCUGGGAUAUGGCUGCUGUCACGUGCUGACAGCUUCUAAGAGCCACAGGUGAGAGCUGAGUGCAGGGUGGGGACCAAAGUGGACAAACUACCCCAGAAGGAGAACCACGUGUCCCCCACCACAGGUACUACCCCUCUCUUAACACCCCAUUCACCCCUCAUAUUUAAUUCAGCUGCUAAUAAUAUUAUUUCAUCUCCUGUCAGAAUAUACUGGUAUAUAAUCAAAUUAAAUUGGGAGCUCCCCCUCCAGAAAAAAACCCCAAUUUUUUCUCAGUGAAAUAUGAUUGCCACUACCUCAAACCAGGAAGAAGAAACCAGGUCAGGAGGACACUAGUCUGAAACCGCCAUAGUGUAUAAUGUAUAAAUGAUGAUUUGGUUUCAGUGUCAGAGCAUUGAUGCCUCUCUUAGUGCUUAGGCUAUGUGCACUAUGCAUAUUCUUGUGAUGCAUGCACCAGAGAUAGAUUCUCUACCUCUGUAUGCACAGAUAGCCUGUAUGGUAUAGUUCUUAGAGUCCCUGGCAGACUGGAGUUCAAAUCCCCACUCAGCCAUGAAGCUCACUGGUUCACUACCUCUCCACCUAACCUACUUCACAGGGUUGUUGUGAGGAUAAAUGGGAAGGAAGAGGAAACAUGUAUGCCACCUUGAGCUUCCUGGAGGAAAGGUGGAGUGUAAAUGUAAUAAAUAAAUGAAUGAAUCUUCAGGUCAUCAGUUGGUAUACCCCAAUUUAUUUCCUGAGAUUGAGGUAAAGACAAUAACUUAUAGGGACCACUUCAAUGAACAUAUUAUGUGGAUAACCAAUGAUAUUCAAGGGGCAAGUAAAAUCUCACUUGGAGUUCUCUUAAAGAUAUAUUAGCAAGGAGCAAUGUUAGUUUUUAACAUUUGCAUUUUCCUUCCAGUGUAGUACAUGGGGAAAGGUGGGCUUUGGUGAAUCUAGUCUUCUUCUGCUAGCUAAGUCAUUUAAGAUGACUGUUUCAAGAAAGAAUCAUCUAAGCAACAUAUGCAUACUGAAAGAUUCACAGUAACAGGGACAUAGCUGUCAACCAUCCCUUAUUUGGUGGGAAAGUCCCUUAUCCCAGCGCCAUGUCCCGCUGCUGUCCCUUAUUGAUGAUGUCCCUUAAAUUUCCCGGGUUUCAAAGGAAGCAGCUCCUCUCCCUCCCUCCCUGCCAGCCAGGGAGGAGGGAGGCUCCAACUGUGUUGCUUGGCUGCGUUGCUCACCCAAUAAGGAGUCUAAGAACGACUGGGGGGUGGAGCUUGCAUGCUUUGUGCCGAUCAAAUCGGCCGCGUUGCCUGGGGACUUGCCUUUGCUCAGUGCUUCCCAGCGGAGAGGUGACAGUGGUUUUCCUUGCUGCAUCUCCUUUGCCGGGUUGCUGCCCUGUGGGAACCACCGCUUGAGGCUUCGUUUGGCUGCUGGUUGACUAAAAUCCCUUAUUUUGGCUGCUGAUCCCUUAUUUCCGAGGCUGCUGGUCCCUUAUUUUCAAAUCUGUAAGUUGACAACUAUGAAUAGGGACCUAAUUCGUUUGUGGCUGACAAAUGCCAUAUUGCUAUUUUUAGCAAUUGAAUUUAUAGUAAAAUAAGAAACAGGGUAGAUCCAAAAGGUAUCUCAUAACAGAAAUAUUAAUACAUGACAAUUUUUAACAAAAAUAAAAUAUAAAAAUUAGUAUUGAUGUCAUUUGAUGAUUUUCAAAAGCUAAGACGUGAUUGACGCUGUUCUGCAUUUUCUUCCCCCCUCCUCAUUUGUGGCUGCUUGCCAUACAUUGGCAACCUAUUUCUUGAUUGUGAGCACUUUGGAACUACACCAACUUUUUGCAAUUAUCAUUUUUGCUAUCGUCAACAAUUCUGGGAUUACAAGACAGUGCAUGUCUGAUUCAUAGUCACUUAUGAAUCCAGGCAAUAAGGAUUUGGGAGUUAAUGGCCAAUUAUAGUCUGUCAUUGAUUUCUGUUUUAAAAAAUUUCCCAAACUGUUUAGACAACAGUUUGGGAAAGAGGGGAUGUUCACUGAGACCUUUCAUGAGCAUCAGAGGAGGUACCAACUGGCACAGCCAUCCUUUGAAAUUCGCACAUCUUUGAAUUUUUCAAAUCACUCCUCCAGGGUAAAAUGUGCAUGACAAUCAACUUAUUGUUGAAAUAUAUAUAUAAAAAUACAUUAUACUCAAGAAAACUGCUUUCCAAAAAUGUGUAUAUAAGGUAAAACUGUGUACAAAAAUGUGUAUAUUAGAAGAAAAGGAAUAUAAAGGGACAGAAGAGUAGAGACUACUUAGCUAGAUGGACCUGAUAUGUGGCAAAUUCCUACUAUCUAACUGAGAUCCAGUGUGGUAUAGCAUUUAGAGGGCCAGGUAGUUCCACGUUCAGACACCUGCCCUCUGUCCUUGGGCCAGAAGUUAUAUCUCAGCCUAGCCUGGACUGCUGUGAGGAUUAAAAUGGACCAUAAGACAUUUUAUUUUUGACACCAUACAUUGCAAUCCAGCAACAGCAUUCCAAGUGAGAUGGGCUGAAUCAGUUUAACAGCUGGCCCACUGCAGUCAGUGAGGCUGCAACCCGCAACCCACUUGCUAGGGUAGAGCAUGACAGGUGUGUUUGGAUCUUAUGGCCUUUAGGUUGCAGAAAGCUAUUGGAUCAGAUGUCUGUCAAGAGCCAUCUGUCCCCGUCCCCUUGUGUAGGCAGAAGCGUGGAAGAGAGAGAAUAAAGACAAGGAUGGGUGUGGGGGUUAGGUCCACUUUCAGCUCUGGUUAUGCCAACUAAUGGCAUUCAGCCCAGCAUAGCUUAUUCUCAAAGACAGAUGAAAGAUUGACCAUCCUUGUACUAAGGAGUAAGCCUCUUUAAACUUAGUGAGAUUUGCUUCUGUAAGCAUGCAAAGGGAGUUUGCAGUGAUGCAAGUAGUUCAUGCAGAGUGACCUUACUCAUUCUGACUUUCCCAUGCUGUAGCCUCACAGUUAGAAAAGCCGUAGAAAUGUUUCUAUAACUGAAGUAUCAAAAAGUUGAUUGUAAAAAAUAUUUCCAGUGAAAUACUAGUUUUCAAAUCCUGUUAGGGGGCAAAUGAUAAAUGAGCAAAUAAAGGAAUCCAGUUUGAAUAUGACAUUCUUAGCAGCUGCAGCAAAGUCCAUUUGUAUUAACCUAGAAUAAAAUCAUUAUAAAAAAUUCAUAUUUGCCACCUUAUAUGUUGAACAGAAUAGAUAACAUUGACUAUUAAAACUACUGGAAACAUACAGGUGUUGUGAAUGAGGCAGAAAAAUAAGAAUCUAUCUUUCAGGGAAAGAAAACCUCCAAGAAAUUUGAAAAUAUUUUCGUACAGCAGGUUUUCAACGUUAUCUUAAAGCAGCAAACAUAUAAAAGGAUAUUUGUCCAGCUGUAGACUUGCAUUGGAGAUUUCAUACUAUCAUAAAGCUGGAAAGAAUAAUAAUAAUAAUAAAAUAGUUCCCUGCUCCAAAAGAAGGCUUAUCCCUCCACCAGUUCUCUUCCCCUUCCUGUUCCAAUCCAUAUACGCAAUCCAGACUGUUGUGGCUCAUGAACUAGAAGGUGCCUGUAAGGCAAAUACCCCUGGACUCAGGAAAUCAAGCCAAGCCAGAAAAAUCAUGAAAGCAAUGCCAAUCUAUUUGCUGAGGGUCUUUUUUGUUUAUUUGAGAUAGGAAAGGAGGACACUCUCUUUUGCCUGUAACCUCAGGCAGAAUUUGUUAGUAUUUGGGUAGACUGUAUUGUUAAAGUAUUUUACAAAUAACAACCCCACCCCACCCCCCAAAAAAUCCCAGCGUCUGGGCUUAAGCCUUUUCGAUUACUAUCAUUAAGAGAUAAAAAGGAAACAAAAAAACCCCACUCCAUACAUUUAAAUUAUAGCAAUUAACUUCCUCCUCUAGCCAAUCCCUGAAGUCUACAUUAUUAGUUGCUUCCAGGUGGGAAAGUAAGGAGGGAAGGGCCACACAUCAAGUUGGCUGUAAAGUUGAGAAUGGAAUCUAAAGACUGUAGGAACGCUUAGUAGCAAGAAUGCAUGCAGUAUUUGGACGUACUUCUAUAAGAACUUUUCUGGGAGUAAGUCCUAUUGAACUCAGUGCAACAUGCUUUUGAGUAGACACAAGUAAGAUAUGCUGUUAAACCUUUGGUUUGCUAACGUCUCUUGAUGAACUAAGUAGCAUAUGUAGUGACAGAUCUCCUCAUAAACUACUAUCUUCAUAUUGUACUUUGUAUGCAGUGUGGAAUCACUGUACCCCCCCAACCCAAUUUUCUAUUAGUUCUUAGGAGGAAAGGACUCUGAUCAUAACAUAUAGGAAUGUUAUUAAUGCAAGUUGACAUUAUGUGAUUUGAUUUGUUGACGCUUUGCCCUUUGCUGCUAGAUCUUUAAGGGAGAGUGAGGCUGCUGCCUCAGGCAGCAGAUACUAAAGAGAAGGGAGCAGGCAGAACUGUGUGACCCAUACAGACUGCCCUGAAAGCCCUAAGGUAGCUUGCUGUCCUCAGAUGGGGUGGAUAAUUUUGUCCCAUUGCCAGAUGUAAGAGUCAAGUACAAGUUUGAUCAACUUCUGUGCAUGGAAUGGGAGAAGUGCCAUCUUUCCCUUUGCCUCAGGCAGCAAAAUGUCUUGGUCUAGCCCUGUGUUGUAGUCAACCGGUGUAUUACAAAGAGAUGAAGCUGAAGUAUGCUAACAUCUUGCUAAAUCACCUACCAGCACUUAAAAAAAGAAAAAUCAACCAAGGAUUAGCAAUAGUCAGCCUUUAGUUGAGCAAAAGAUACCCAAGUUAGAUACAGUGGUACCUUGGGUUACAGGCGCUUCAGGUUACAGACUCCGCUAACCCAGAAAUAGUACCUCGGGUUAAGAACUUUGCUUCAGGAUGAGAACAGAAAUCACGCGGCGGUGGCACGGCGGCAGAGGGAGGCCCCAUUAGCUAAAGUGGUGCUUCAGGUUAAGAACAGUUUCAGGUUAAGUAUGGACCUCCAGAACAAAUUAAGUACUUAACCCGAGGUACCACUGUACUGGAAGAAUGUUGUUAUUUGCAGAAAAGCAUGAAGAAACUAAGGAUAAACUCUACAAAAGGAGGCAACUUUCCAAAAAAAAUUUUUAAAUGCACAAAAGGGGACUUAAAGAAACCAUUUCGUAUUGCAUUGUAGGUAGGAAAACUAAAUUCUGCAUAGUAUUUGUCACCUGCAAUGGAAAUACAUGAAUGUAGUAGAGCUGUCUGUUUUUAGACUUCACGUUCUGGGUGGCAGGGAAGCAAUAUUGGAUAAAGGGAAGAAAUUCUUUGCAUAUUUCAUCAGCUUGGAUUUAAUUGACAUACCAGUGAAAAAAACAAAUCAAAUGGAAUUUAAAUUGUACUUCUCUGAUUCUGUUUGGUUUCAGGUUAUGGUCAUACCUACCCUGUGACAAGACCUGGGAAAUACUUGUGUAUGCUGUAUGCGUUAUUUGGCAUCCCUCUAAUGUUCUUAGUUCUCACUGAUAUGGGAGACAUCCUCUCAUCUAUAUUAUCCACAUCUUACAAUAAAGGGAGACAACUACAGUCAAAAAUAUUAGCCAGACUUUCUCUUGCAUCCUGCUGGAAGAAGAAGAGAGACUCAAAAUCUGGAUCCUUAGCCCUCAGGCAAACCAAAGUAGUCCUUCAUGAACCUUUAAACAUCAAAGAAGUGCUAAGACAUCAUUCUUCACUGAAAAUAAAGCCUUGCCAAAGUCGAAAUGUCGAAAUAUUUGAACAACUUAUUGCCAGGGAGAACCAGUUCCUUGCACCACCGAGACCUGGCAAGUUUGAACGAUGGAGUUCAUGCCCUGAACUGGAUUCAGGGGCAAUGAUGAACCAUAUGAUUGACAAUAUUGACAAUAUAGGGAAAAGAGUAGAAAAGCUGGAUGUGCCAUUUUGGUUGAUGAUGCUCAUUGUCUUUGUAUACAUUUCCUGCGCUGCCGCCAUCCUUCCGCGCUGGGAAAGCCGUUUGAAUUUCGAGGGCGCUUUCUAUUUCUGCUUCAUCACCUUAACAACAAUUGGCUUUGGUGACGUUGCCCUGGAACACCCCAACUUCUUUUUGUUUUUGUCAUUUUAUAUUGUGGUCGGCAUGGAAAUUGUCAUCAUCGCCUUCAAGCUGGGACAAGACAGGCUCAUUUCUCUGUACAAAAAGUUGAUCUGCUGCAUCGGACGGAAAAAUACCCCACCAAAAAUGGUAUGAAAAAUGUCCAUCUAACUAAAAGGAGAGGCAGCAACAUCAGUUCCAAACUCAUGUUGAUGGGCAGCUGCUGCAGGCUAUUGCAAAUGCUUUUGUUUUUCCACCUUUGAUUCAGUAACGGAAAAUCACGAUGGAUGAUUAUUUUCAUUGACAGUGGGAUCUGCUGUAAACUAGUAGAAUGAUUAUGUAGCAGCUGAACACAAAUGAUAGUGAGGGCAUUCCUCCCCUUUAAGGAGUUAAAACUGAUGGAAUAAAACUAUUCUUUGGAACACUAGGAAAUAUAGAAGGUGCCUCUCUGUUAAAUAUGAAUAUUUACAAUUGUGUGGACAUAUCAACCAUUUGGCUCCCCCCACUCCAUUGGCAAUGACAGCGGUGAGCUAGAAUAAUUGAUAAUAACCAUGAAAUAUUUACAAUAUUAAUAUACCACAUCUUACUGAAAUUGGUUCCAUGUAUGUUUACGCAAUUGAAAUAACAAAAUAAAACAGACAAUUGGUAAGAUUUCAAAAUGUUUAAAAUUUAAAAGCCUGGGAUAAUAAAAGGGGGGUUGUUUGGCACCUAAAAUAUGAUGGUGAUGAAUCAAUCAAUCUAUAUAACACUUGAUGCAAAAAAAGGACUUCAACAUGGUUUACAGGUAUAUAAAAAAUACAGAAUCAUUGAAAUAUAGGCAUCCAAAAUUAAAAUGUGCAAUAAAACAAUUUCAUCAAAAUAUAGACAACUGAAUCUGCAAUUAAGGGGUCAUCCAUAACAGCAAGAACUCCUUGAUGGACACUGGCAUGGAAGCUGGUUUUCUCUCAGCUGUCCCUGAUCUAAGCAUGGCAAAUGGCUUUGAAAACCACUGAGAAGAAAUCCAGAAGAACCCACCAUGUUAAAUUCCUUCUGUCUCUCCUAGAGAUGGUUAUCAACCAGGGCAACCAAGGCAGUUUCAGAUGGCAACAUUACUACCAUGUGAACUUCCUGGGGCAUGCUAUUCCAUGAAUGAGGCACCAUGGCUGAGAAAGCCCCCUCUCCAGUUAUCACUCACUUCACUGAUGUCACCCAGGUCUAUUUUUUUUGUGUCACAUCUGAACCAGAAGUGGCUGUAUAAGCUCUGGACUGGAUGCUGUGGUGGACUGGAUGAAGGCUAGGAAACUGAGUGAAUCCUGGCAUGACAGAGCUUCUGUGGGCAAGUGGUUUCUGUUGUCAGAAGAUAGGCCAGCUGUCUGUUCUGGGCAGGGUUGCAUGACCUUUGAAAGUGCAGGCAUGCAGUCUGGGGGAUGCUCCUACAGGUGUCUGUCACUGGAAACUCAGGUAUCUUCCUAGGCUUGAAAAAUCUGCCAAUAAGCCAAUAUGCUACUGGGUCCAAUCUCUUCUUCUUCUUUCUUUGGCAAUCACUCAUAGCCAAAUAUGGUCUUAACAGUGUGUCUGUAAGUGACUGUGGAGGCCAAUUCUGGACCCACAGAUCAAAUUUAAGGUGCUGCUGUUAGUAUGUAUAUAAAGCCUUAAACAAUUUGGGGCCACUGCCAGGCAAAGCCACCCCCUGAAUGGUCGGCAGCAAGAAAGUGGACAGGUGAGAGAUGGCUGAGGGCAAUCUGAGGUUGGUGGGCCAGCUGCCCAUUUGCCCUAACAGAUCAACCUCUACCAGUAGCAGCACUGAUGUUAUGGAACUCCCUGCCAAAGAAGAUCAAGCAAGUUCCAUCUGUAUUAACUUAGAAGCAAAGAUCUUUGUUUAAUCAAGCUUUCCUAAAAUGUGACCAGUUUUGUAUUAUUAGUUACUUGACUGACAGUACAGUAUUCAUGUUUGAAUUUUAUAUUGUUUCAUGUAAUGUUUUGUAUCAUUCAGCACUUAGGUGGGACUUUCCUUUUGACUGAAUGGUGUAUAAAUUUGCUAAAGAAAAUAAAGAAUAACAGGAAAGAACCUUAGCUAAUGAUCUGAGAGUGCAAGCAGGAAGGCACUCCUGCAAGUACUGGGAUCCCAAGCUGUUUAGGCUUUAAAAGUCAAUGCUAACACUUUGAGUGGGCAUAGAAGUGGGCAGCCAGCCAGUUGAGCUCUUUUAAUGAUAUAUGACCUGAAUAGGCUGUGCCAGUUAAAAUCCUGGCAGCUGUAGCAGCGCAAGCUUCCAAACUGCUGCCUUCAAAGGCAGCCCCAGAUGGAACACAUUAUAGGAAUCCAAUUGGGAGGUUAUCAGGGCAUGGGCAACUAUGGACAGACUAGCCUUGUGCAGGAGAAGCCACAGAUAAUAAACCAGGCAAAGCUAAUGAAAAGCACUAUGACAGCCUAGGCUGUAGCUUGCCCCAUGAGAGAGGGAAGGAAGGCAACUAAACCAGUCCAACCAACCCCAUCUUGGCUACUUCACCACUGUCACCAAGUGGAUGUCUUUAUUUUUCUCCGGCUUCCUCUGCUAAAAAGCCCUUUUAUUGGCACAACUUGCUUCUAAUACUGAGCAGUGUGGCAUUUAGGGUGCAAUCCUAAUCCUGGCUGCCAAGCAGCAAGGCUUUAUCAAGCAACAGGCCACAUCUCCAGCCCCGACACACAAAGCAGCCAACAUGGAAGGUGGAGGGAGGCAGCAAAAGUGCUGGAGCUGAUGCAUCAGCUGGGCCCAGUGUCAUCACACAACAGCAGUGGCUCAGGAUGAACAGAUCCUAGGGCAGCUUCCCUCCUCUACAAAAAUACUCCAUUUCAGGGUAGAGGAGAUCCCGUAGGAAGCACUGCUGCACACCUGCACAUUUCGUAGGCAGAAGGAUAAUAACAUCAGUGGAAUGAAACCUGCGACAUUUCAUCAGUGGCAGAAGGCUGGAGGCUAGCUUAGCCAGGAGAGCUGGGUGGAAAUGACUGAACACUCCCACCCCUGGGCCUGGUGCAAGAGAGAAGAUUGAAUUGGUUUGCCAGGCACUGAAUGAAUAACAAGGUCUCAUACCCCCCCCCCCCAUGAAGCUUUUCACAAUGUGUUCCUUGGAAAAUAUAUGUGGCUGAGAGGGAUAUGUCAAAUUUUCCUGCAUAUGUCCAAUCUUUGUUUGUUACUUUGCAGAGAACACUUGGAUAGAGUUUAAGCACUCCUCACACAUCCUGAUCUUCUUCUUUUUAUGGCUCAACUAUGUAUUAUGCAUUGCUGAUAAUGGAUGGUGUUCAGAAUUGUGUGUGUGUGUGUUACUAAUAGCUUUUGUGGAAUGUGGAGGUGAAGGGCCAACUGAUUCUCAUGCUUACAGAGCUCAAGAAAUGAAACAUGGCUGAGAGCAAAACAACAACAACAACCCAAAACAAACCAAAAAUUUCUCAAAAUCAUCAAUACCGCAAUUUUUCUUAUUAAGCAUAGUGAAUGCGUUUCUUCUAUUUCCUACAGUACUAUCACUAGAAACGUUAUUUCACAACAAUGUACUCCUGUUAUUAAAGCACAUAAUGAAAACUCACCCUGCAAACAGCAAAGAUUCCUCCCCCCAGGCAUGCACUUGCUUCGAGUUAGCAGUCAUUGUGUGCACAACUAAUCUGAUUUAAUGUUCUAGCCGCAGUCACAGUACUAUAAUAUUUUCAGAGAGGCAGAGUUAGGCAUGCACUGUCAGUGUUUGUGUAAAACUGCAGUCUGAAAAGCACUUUAAAUUCUUAUACCAAAUUUUGCCAAUGAUAACUUGGCUGAACAGACUGGUGCCUUCUCACUAACCUCUUUCAGUUUCACAGUGAGAUAACCACCAUCUCAUAGCAGGCCUGUUACAAAGAUUAAAUCAAUGAAACUUAAUGUAUACCUUGAUCAAAGAAAAGCGUUGUCAUCCUAAUGCAUGAAUAUGUUCCAAAUGGUGCUUACACUUGGUCUCGAAAGUGGGUUUGAUUCUCUUUGUCACACAAAUGCUAUAUACAGGUACAUUUUGAUAGUCAGAAAGUUCAGUAGUGCAGAACUAGGUAUAUAGGUUCUCGUAUCAGUGAAGUAUUCCUGGUAGGGUCACUGCUCUGACUUUUAAAACCCUGCUUCAAUACAAAUGGGCAGUUCUUCAGUAUGUAUCAUUUGAUUAUGCUGGACUCCUUUUACAGUUGACAUUUUGAUCUGAGCUGAUUGUUUUUCCCGUAUAAGAAGCAGGAGCACUGCUAGGUACUUAAGAGAUUAGCAACACAGGCCCAUGCCACAAAUUGGCACAACGUGCAUAUGCUAAUUUAUAUGUAUAGAUGCAAAUUUAGGUUUCUGAGUGAAUUAAGAUGGUGUGGCCUGGGGUCUCUCUGCCACUGUGCUUCAUAGCAUCCCCAGCAUGCCCUGUAAGCAAAGGCUCCCCCCCUCAACAUUGCACUAAUUUAUUGCCCUGCCAGUGCAAGGAUUUCUGCUUGCACAAUGGGACUUGCCCCCUCCCCCAUGUGUGCCCCUCCCCAAAUCUGCCCCAGAGGCUUGGGGAUACCCCCAGAUCAGAUUUAGGGGGCCUGUGAGGGAAGAAAGUCCCACUGCACAAGCAGAAAUCCUUGUGCUCAUGGGACAGUUCCUUAGCACUACAUUCAAUGCAAGCCAAAGCAGAUUUUUUAAAAGUUUGUUUUUAAUGGUAAAGGAGUCCAGAGAUCUGGGGCCCAGCAUAAAAGAUGUGGGUCUUGGAGGGGCUAACCACACCCCUGGUAAGAAGUGAGAAAAUAAAAAUCCACAUUCUGAGUUCCUGAUCUUUUUGCAAACUGUUAAUGACGUUUGUCCAAUAAAAGCAGUUAUUUUAUGUUUGUUUCCUGCGGUUUAAGCAAAGAGUAUUUAAAUAAACAGGCUUUCAGUAACCUCAAUAAUCAUGAUUGAUUGCUAGGAAUUAAUGAAUAAUUUAUCAUAUGCUUUAAUGUAUGCAAAACAAUACUAAUAAAGGUUAUGCCUGCAUCACACCAUUCUAGGUAUUUAAUCUUUAGUUUCAUUUGGCAGCUGUUGUUCCAAAAUAACAGCACUGUUUGGAGUGACUUACAAAUUUCUUUUAGGUUGCCUGAUAUUUACUUAUGCUCCACAAUGCCUCUAAGCUUGCCCUGAUAUAACUGAAAAGUAACGCACACAAUUUCACCCAAAGCUCAACUAGUGCUUCCAGGAAAACAUAGGUAAAUAUGAAGCUGUCUUGAAAUUACUCUGGAGAUGUAAAUUUGGGUGGCCCCUCUGAAGUGGCACUGAGUAUGGACCCUUAAGUCCCCAAAGCAGCACCAAACACACAGAAGAGGACGAUAUCAACAGACCUGGUGCAACCCCAAGGCUUGCAGAUAAACAAAAGAAAACCUUUAGAAAAUACCUUAGGCGUGGAAACCCUAAAACAAACUAAACAUAGUGGAAAGGGAAAAUUGAAAAUAGGCGUGGGGGGGGGGGGAGAUGGAAUGCCAUAGGAGCACCAGAUGCUGCCUUAUUGUCAGACUCACAUACCCCAAACACCACCGCUGAAUGUCCAGCACUCAUUCAGCAAUUGGGGUUCUCUCCAGAUUGACGUUUGCUGCAAUUUAGCAUAAAAGAGCAGGUUUUCUCUGGGAAAGGAGCAGGGCAAGGGGGAAAGGCACAGCACAAACAGAAGUGUGGAACACUUAAGAGGUGUUUUUAAUAUUUCGUUGAGAGCCACCCAGAGCGGCUGGGGCAACCCAGUCAGUUGGGUGGCAUAUAAAUAAUAAAAUUAUUAUUAUUAUUAUUAAGCGUAAGAAAGACUAAUAGCGGUAUAGACUCAGCAGCAAACCUAAGCUCCAGAAGUCUAGAUUCUAAGAGAUUCAUAACCUAAUGGAGGCUUCGAAGAUGUCCUGACAGGUAACAUGUCCCUCCUGCUAAACUUUUAAAGACGAGGCAGGCUGAGCUUUCUCAUUACACACUCUUGUUCUGUGGGCCUGCUUUGCAGACAUGUGCUCUCUCUGGGUGCAUUUGAACCCACCAAAGAAGGUGGCACCUUGUUUUCAGUGACAAGACCGUGUCCUGUCCCUCUGCCUCCAGCACCACUGCCAUCUUCUGCUGUUCUGCCCCUCUCUUUGACUGGUUGAAGUCCUGCCCGCUCCCUGAUGAGGCUCAGUACUCCCUGAAGGGGCAGGGGAGAGAGCUGGCCCAUCUGCUUCUCUCUCUUUGACAUCCAGAGGCACAAGCAGAGGACUUCCCUUCUCCAUGUCUUUGUGCCAGCCUUCCAGCCCUCCAUCGGCUCUUCCGCAUGGUCCAUCUGGGGUAGCCAAACUAUGACACAUCCUGAUGGAACCACAGGGUCCAUGACACCUAUUCUGAGCCACACAAUUGUUCCAUUUAACUCAGUAUUAUCUAAAUUGAUGGGCCACAGCUUUUGGGGGUUUCAGGCAUGAUUGAACCUGGGUCCUUCUGUACAUAAAUCUGUGCUCUUCCACCGAGCUCUAAUGUCAGAAAUGUCAAACAAGCAUGCUCAACUGUUUGAAGCGUCUCUCACAAUAAUGUGGAAAUGAAAGAGAAAGGAACUUGAUCUAAUAUCAACCCCAAUUCUGAGGAUAGUUUCUCUGAGGAAGACACCAACAACGUAAAAUAGAAUUGUUAUGUACUGAAGUUCUCACCCUGGGCCAGCAGGGGGAUACUGUAGAUAGUUAUGCAAAUGAAGGAUCGAAAGUGACGUUCAGUGAUUGGAUAGUUUUAGAAAGUUGCAACAGUUACAAUUGUUCUGGAGCUCUACAUAAGCAGGCUGACUGAGCUCCUCAGUUCAGCUUACAAAUAAAGAGCUGCUUUGGAAGAAUUGCUGUGUCGUCUGAUAUGUUCGCCCCCAACUUAACAAGAUUAUAUUCUUUGACAUAACAGAGCUGUGUCAAAGCCUGAUAUUGGCUUGGAAAGGAACAUUCUCAAUAGUGACAGCACUUUUUUUCUGGGGAUAUGCAUUCUUCUAAACAUUUUGUGAAUCUAAGUUUGGCCUCAUUGAGGGGCAGUAUUUCAAUAUGAGUAGGAAAAUGAGAGUACCCCUAAACAUUUUUUUUUAGAGGAAAAAAACACUGAAUAGUGGCAUCCCAGUUUGGAAUGCCCUCCCCUCCCAUGAUAAUAAAGUGUCAGCUCCACAUAAAAAUGUGACUAUUCACACAGCCAUUUGGCUAGACUAGUGCCCUCUCUUGGCUGAUGGAGUUACUGUACAUUGCUAGCACAUUGCUUGGUGUUUGUUUUUUGGUUUUUUAUAUUAAGUUGUAUUUAAAUGAAAUAUUUUUGUUGUUGUAUUUUAAUGUUGUUCCUUGGCCUGAGAUUGUGUGAAGAAUAAAGGGCUGCCGCAAACGAACAAAUAAAAGUACACUGCGAAUGUCUUCAUGUAGUGGGAGCAAAAUGCUCUUGUAAAGGUAAUUGUGUCUUGAGGGGUGGGGGGAGAUCAUCUGAAUGUAUCCGUAAUUCCAUGGAAACAAGAUAAUCAAGAAAAGCUCUAGCACAGACCUUCUUCUAAAAGCUGGUGAUACUUGAUUCUCCGCUUCAGCAGAAUUGCUUGGCUUUCAUGCUAUGUUGGCUGUUGGCUGGCUCCAUGCUGAGUGCUCUGAAGGAGCAACUUGUUGACUUGCGGAAAUAAGAAGUGACUGUUGACACUGCUGCCUAUUGCCAUAUGUGAUACAAGGUCUAAAGAAACAAUCACAUGUUUAGAGGAUUGUGGUUCCAGACGGCACAUACUACUCUUCCAUAAGCUUGCCUUGCUAUUCAUUUCAAACAAUGGGUCAAGUACUGAGAGACUAAAAUGCAAACAAGACCAGCAGUGUUAAUUCAGGUGAAGGCUUUCACAUUUUAGGUGGUUUUGUCCUGCAGAAACAUACUUCAAUACUGCAAGAUGUAACUGAUAACUCGGAGUUUCUGAUUUGCUCUAUAUGCCCCGUUUCAACUUCAACUGGUGGAAACUAUGCUUCCGCUUUGGGUAUGGUUCCAACAUUUGAUAAACUGGGAGCUGUCUUUAAAAAGUGCAUCCUGUCUGCAAUAAAUUAAACCAUUUCCUUCAGUAGUGGCUGUGCAUGCAAUAUGUUUAAAAAGUGAAAAGUGACUGGCCUGAAGUCACCCAGUGAGCUUCACGGCCAAGUUGGCAUUUGAACCCUGAAAUGCCUUCUCAUGAGUGGAAGGCAAGUCAUCUCUUUGGGUCCAACCUGCUGAAUUAUAUUUUGUGUUUUCAUUUCACAUUAUUAUGGUACAACAGAUUCUAAAUUGAAAAUUAUUCCAGGUAGGUUCUUGAAGAAAUAUUUAAAAUUAGUAUCCUGUUCAAUUCCAAAUCUACUGCUACUUAGCUCAAAAUUCCUGCAGCAUAUGCUUUUAAGUGCUUUGUUUUCAUUGGCCAAAUCUCUACCCCCCCUCAGUUAAUUGUACUCUAUGCCACAUAAUGAAUUUAAAUUUUAAAUGAAAGAACUUACAUCAAAUUUCAAAAUGUGGAUGUAUUCAUUUUUUUAAAAAAAUCAGCUUGCCCUAAUAAUUCUUCUAGGGCUGCCACUACAGUAUCUAUCACAUCUACAUCAUAUGUAAUGAAAACCUAUUUAUGGCUUGGUAGCAAAUAUAUUGCAGUCUAGCUUAUUAAAGUAUGUCCAUGUCAUAAAUUUGGUCAAUUUACUAACAUAAAAGAGUCUGGUGACAUCAGUAUUGUUGUCUGUCCAUGUCCAAAUGACGCAAUUAAAAAGCAUUGCAAAUAAAGCAUGUGCAGCAUGCAAUUGUCCAAAUGGAAAGUGUUCCAGCUGUACUGCCUUUAUUUUUUCAAAUUACAUCUUGGAGCAUAGCCAUUUGACCAGCAUUUAUAAAAAGGCCAAUGUCUUAUCAGAGCAUUCAUUUUUUGUGUGCUUCCAUUAAUAAAUACACAUUAUGAUCAUUGUGCAAACACACUGGAGCCUUCCAGCAAGCACCAGGGAAAAGAAUGCAAAGGUUUCAAAUUAUAGCACUUUCCAUUAUGAACCAGCUAUCUUGAUCCCUGCAGGAGGGCAGAAGUGGGCUAUUUGAAAGGAGCAACAAAGCAGGAUUUUUUUUCCCCACUAGCAAGGGAGGAAAUAAAUAUAGUGAGCCUAUUUGUGAACAAAUAUGCAACUUCUGGUAUAUGGACAAAAGUUGUAGUUGUUUUGUUGUUGUUGCUGUUGCAAUGCUCACACUUUUGAAGGACUUUUCAGGCCUGUGCUCACUCGGUUCCAUUAAAAAGCAACAACACGCCAACAACAACUUGGGAUUUUCAUUAGGAAAAACUAUAUACAGUGGUACCUCAGGUUAAGAACUUAAUUCGUUCUGGAGGUCCGUUCUUAACCUGAAACUGUUCUUAACCUGAGACACCACUUUAGCUAAUGGGGCCUCCCACUGCCGCCGCACGAUUUCUGUUCUCAUCCUGAAGUAAAGUUCUUAACCCGAGGUACUAUUUCUGGGUUAGCGGAGUCUAUAACCUGAAGCAUCUGUAACCUGAAGUGUCUGUAACCCGAGGUACCACUGUAUGUGCCUUAAAAACAUGAAAACAUAAAAUGGGCCUGCUGGAUCAAGCCCAUGGCCCAUCAGGUCCAGCGUCCUGUUCUCACAGCAGUAGCCAACCAAAUGCCCAUGGGAAACUUGCAAGCAGGAUUCAAGCACAGGAGCCCUCUCUCUUCCUGUGGUUUCCAGCAACUGGUUUCAGAAGCAUGACUACCUCUCUGGCCAUGGAGGCGGAACACAGCUAUCAUGGCUAGUAGACUUUGAUAGCCCUCUCUCCUCCAGGAGUUUGUCUAAUCCUCUUUUAAAGCCACCCAAGGUUGGUACCCACCACUGCCCCGCUGGGAGUAAGUUCCAUAGUUUAACUGCACCCAGAAUGAAGGAGCACUUUCUGUAAUCUGUCCUGAAUCUCCCAACAUUCAUUGGACAUCAGACUUGCCUCUUCUUUUCCGUUUCAGUAGAGGGCUUGCUACAAACAUUAUUCAGAACCUGCUGAUUUAAAGGAUGAAUUGGUGGCAUGGUUUGGAAGGCAAACACAUCCCCCUCCCCCCUGCUAUUUUCAUAGUUUGAAAGUAGUGAAGUGACCUGGUCUCCUCCUUCUCCAAUCCUGCUACAGAAGGCAUGUAAAAUUCUUUCUCUUGUUCUUGGUACAUGGCCAAAUAGUUGAGAGAAGAUGGACAGUUGUGAGCGAUUUCUGCAGGAACAGCAGCCUCACUAUCUCAUAGUGAUAUUUUCUAAUUUUGAGAGAAGUUGUUUUCGCACCCAAACAGCAACAACAAACUGCACCGUAAUUCCAAAGCUAUGGCUUUUGUAAGAGUGCUUUCAGGCCACAUCAACCCAUUAUCUGCUUUCACAUCUAUAGUAACUGCAUCCCUGAUGUAAUCUCAUUGGCUAUUCUUGAGGUGCCCAAAGCUGACUCAUAAAGUGUGAGCUCAAAAGCCCACAUGAAGAAGUGCUAAGUCUUACAUAUUAGACUAUAUGCCUGCAGGCAGGUCUAUUGUCCAUUUUUUUUAAAAAAAUCUGUACAGUGAAUCACUGUAGGCAUAAUUUGUUAUAUGGUGCAUUAAGGAACCUCAUAUCAAUAUAGUGAAUGCACAGUGAUAGCAGAAUACUCCAUCUUCACUGUAAAUAGGCAGCACAUGGGCGAAGCACCAUUUUUUGCUGGCAAAAUCUUCCCAGACAUUUAGUCAAUUUCUGCCCAGACACUUUUUGCAAUAUUCUGGCUAUGUCCAGGAAAUUCCAGACAUAUGGCAACCCUAAAAUGGUUUGGACAAAGCAGCUGUUAAGGCACAGGAGCUCUGGAGUGGAGGUGGGGAGGGACCACCCUAGCAAUAACUUGCUUUCUUAUACAUCCUCCCAAGGACUUUUAUUGCGUGCUUCCAAAUGCCUAUCCUUUUGUUUGGAAGGCUGGCCUCUGUUCUACGUGCAAUACAAGUUGACUCAUCAGACAGACUUAGCAGUGGCCACCAGAUGGCAUCACUGAAACAUAUAAAUAGUUUUGAAACACAAAUUGCUCGUGGACAUAAAAAAUCAAAAGACACCAAAUGGAAUCCUCUGACACAAACUGUUAUUCUUUGAUCCCUUGCUUCAGUAUUCUCAUUCCAUCAUUAUUUUUGUAAGCAUAAAAUGUCAUGCAAAAACCUUAACUGAUUUUAAUGUUGUAGGUAAAUCCCAUGGUGCAGUGAUUUACAAAGCCAUUACUUGGCGAAAAUGAAGUAAUAAUAAAUAAUAAUAAUAAUAAUAAUAAUAAUAAUAAUAAUAAUAGGCCCAGAGCCACAGUGCAGCUCUGUGGCAGCAAAGCCCUCAAUUUUCAAAACAAUUUGGCUAGUACUUUAGUAUACUGUUCUUAAUAUUAGCACAUUUUCAUUCAGAAUUGUUAUUGAGAAACAAUGUAGAAGUACCCAGAAUAUUCUGUCAACUCAAAAGUGCGCACUUAUAGUCUAGGUCAUAAUUAAAAUUAGAAGACAAUGUGAGGAAUAAAAAAAGCAAAAAUGCAUUUUAGGAGAAUUAGAAUUUAAUCUUCAUUAAACUUUUAUAUACUGAUAUUGGGGCAUCAAUAUACAGGUCUUAGGCUGCACUCCUAUAGACACUUACCUCAGAGUCUCAUCAAAGUUAAUUGGCAUGUAUAGGAUUGUGCUGUUAGGCUGCAACUCUGUGCAAGUUGAAAGCAGGCUGAUCAGGUAAAAAAGAACACAGGGCACCUGCACCUUUAAUAGCUGUAUAAAAGAGAGAACUUCAGCAACUAUUAAAGAUACAAGAGCCCUUUCUCCUUUUUUCACCUGGCCACCCUGCUUAGAAGUAAUUUAAUCCAAUGUAACUUAUUUCCAAAUAAGCACAUAUAUUGUUGUGUUCAUAUUUCUUUUAGGGAAUUAAAUAUUGUUUGUAUUUUGUAUGAUGUAUAUAAACAGCAUUUAUUCAAAUAUUGUUAUAUGGCAUGUUUCAAAAUAGAGAGCCAGCAAGAGCAUUUCUGAGCAUGUGCAAGGAAUACCUCCCUUGCCAUUGAAUGCUGACUGCCUACAUCAUCAAGAUCUGAGACGAGAGACAGGGGAUUCUGGUCAAAGGGUGGGCUUCCAGCCAUGCACAGGUAUGUUAGAUAUUUAAGGCACAGCAGCCAGUCAGAAUAAAGCAGGCCUAUGGUCUCAUUGAUUUUAAUGGGAGGUAUUUAAGCUAUAACUCUCUUCCACUGAAAUGAAAUGCUUUGGUUGGAUCAUGCCAGUAGAGAUUAAACACUGAUUAUAUAUAACACAUGUCAUAUCUUAAAACAGUUUUAACAAGUGACUUAAAUAUUGGCUCAGUGCUUGCUCUACAAGGGAUGAUAAACUCUGAUGCAUUUAACAAGAUGCUUAUGAUAAAAGCAUACUCGACUAAUGCCAGGUGUUCAAAUGAUGGACUGAGAAACAUAUUUUCACUACUGCCUUUUUGGUUUUGCUCUAUGACUAUGUGGGUAGCCAGAAAAAGGGCAGGGUUUCAGCAGCUAGGGUUUUUACAACUAAUAAAGGGGGUCUGAGAAUAGCUCCCUUUCCUACGCAAUUAGUGUGGAGAGCCUGUUUGCAAGUCAUUGGUCUCUCAGCCUGCUAGCCAAAGCUUCUCCUGUUUCUUGAACUUAUUUUGGGUAGGGCAGCCGGAAGCAGCAUCUCUGCGCAUGCCUCCAAUGCAGAUGGGCAAUGACUGAGAAUGGUGUGCCUUUUUGUGAAAAAAGGCCUUCAAGAUUGAAGCUGUCAUUACUGCCCUGUUCCCUUGCUCCUGCCUGCAGUGCCCUGGGAUGCCUUUCAGAUCUUUCGUCAAACAUCUCGUCAACAUCGAACAAGGUAGCAAGUGAGUCACAUAAUUAAAUGUUCAUCUUCUGCUUAAGCUUUUCAUUCAGCGGUGAAUCUCCUCCUUUACUGGUUGCCUGUUUCCUGGAAUUUUAAGCCCUGUGCAGGUUUUGAUUAGUCCACCCUUUGUCUCAGAUGGCAGCAUAUGAUUCACAGUCUUGAUGGUACAGCUGAUUGCAAGUGUUAGCAGUGCAGCGGGCUUGUGAAAUGUCAGCUAUUGCACAAAGGUCUAAUUGCAGAAUGACAAUGGCCUCCCCUCCCCUUUAAGUACUACUGUGACCACCACUGAACCCUUCCUGCCCCAAACACUUAAGAAAAUACAGGAAGGCCAAAACACCAAUGAUUUUGCACCUGUGAGACACAUACGCUGCCUAUUAUGGUCUUGACUUCCUGAAAAAUGAAACGCUGGAGAUUUUUUGCAUAACAUACUUUCAUUAAGAAAAGAAAUACGGUCUCUCUUAUACAGCUCUGAUAAAACAGCUGACAACUUAGCCAGAACCAGGGGCAAUGAGAGACAGAGAUCUGUACUGAACAGCUCCAUAUAUCCAUUCAUGUGUCUUUGGGAACCAGCCUUCCCCAACUGGGUGCCCUUCAGAGGUUUUGCACUACAAUUCCCAUCAGCCCCAGCUAGCAGUUAAUAAGUAUUUUAAAUAAAAGCAAUAAAAUAUUUAUAUAAAAGGAAUAACAGAGUUCACAUUCUCCUGGUCAUUCUGACCGGUCUGUAGCAACCUGGAGCACGCUCAGGGCUGUAAAAUUCUGCAAACAUGGGUCAACCAUUUUAAUGCAACUUGGAUUUCUGUAGAGCUUAGUCAUAUCAGAACUCCUGUUAGUGUCAGCAGGAGACAGAUCUGGGCCUCUGUCUCUCGCUUAAUUAUGGUCUCCUGUACAAAAUGUUAUGCAUUGCAGUAGUUCAGGGUUGUUGAAACAAUCCUCUGCUUAGAUUCAAACUUUAAAGCUGACUUUCUCAGAAGAACAAAGCGGCAGCAGGAUGUAAUGAGCAUCCAAUGAUCGUAAAUUACUUCUUUUAUCUCUAAUUUGCCCCUUUAUUACUCUGUCUUUGUCCUUCCCCCCCUUUUUUUACAAGGAGGGAAUUCAUACUAAUAUUGCAAAUUUAAGGAUGGAAGCAACAAAGGCAGUCUUUUGAGGGUUGUUUUUUUAGCCCUAGCAGGUCUGUCUGGUUCGAGGAGACUAAAACUGGCAUAUUUGAAAGGGUCUUAUCUGCCAAGAUUCAGAACAUCAAUGUAUUUAUAAAAUAUAUGAUCCAAAUACUCUGGAUCCACAUACUUCACACAUACACUGUGCAAGUAUUAUUAUUAAAUAAAAAUGUGUGCUGUAUUAUUUAAAGAAGAGGUGGCAUGGUUUUCACUUGCUUCAAAGCCCUUCCCAGAUGUGCAGAAGUUUGUAGGACUGACUUAGUUGUGAGGAAAAGGUACUCUGUACAUGCUCAUGGCGUAUAUCAGUUUUCACAUACAAAUUAUAAUAGUUCCAGCUUAACAGGAAAUUGAAAACAACAAUGCCUGAACAUAAAAGAGACUUCAGAAACAGUUGCAUUUGUAACAUUCUGAAAGUCAUAUUACAUGGUCAUAAAUAGCUACCUGGUGGACAUGCUAUGAACAUCUGGGUGAGAAUUAACCUAUACAAUGUCCUAAAUUCCAUCUAAAUUCCAGGAAAUUUGGAAGCCUCCAUCUGAGGUUUAUCUCUGUGGUCUCUGCAGUUCCCAAAAAAUUGGCUUGACUGGUUAUAGCUGUGCCACCCUAUGCAUGUUUACUUGGAAAUACCUGUAAAUCCCAGUGGGUUCAGUGGGGUUUACUCCUCUGUAAAUGUGCAUAGGAUUGCAGCCUGUAUCCUAUUGAUGUGAUUGCACAGUUUUUAGCUUCUACUAAGCUUUGGCUCAAUAUUGUUUAGAAGCCAUAUCGUCUGACCCAGAAGCCCAGUCUCCUGAUCCCAGAUGUGUGGGAAGUAUUGUAUUUCUCUCUGUGAUGAAAGCAAUACAUUCUGCACUAGUUCAGAGGCACUUUCCUGUUCAUUGCAUUUUGCAGGCUGAAGACAACUUCUCUGGCUAAGCCCUGAACCAAAUUACAUCCCAGUUCUUUUCUUCUUUCUAUUUCUCUCUUGGUUCACAUUGCAUGGCGAGUAGCCAGAAGCAAAAUGGCCUUUGCAGUGAGAGAGAGAGAGAGAUAAGAAAGCGGAAGCUACAGUUGACUCAGCACUAGCAUUGUGGUCCAGUUUGCUAAAGAUCUUGAUUUAUCUAUCAAGCCUAAACAUGCCAUCCGCUUCCCUCAACUCAUCUUUAUUUUCAAUCUCUGCUGCAGGAAGAGGCUUUAAAGGCAGAUCUAUGAAACUGUUCUAAUGGUGUUUCAAAUAAAUGGUGUUUUGGAUGUUUUCCAUCUGAGUGGUGGUGGUGGUGGUGGUGGUGAUUACCUGCCCUUCGCCCUAAAGUCCCAGGUGGGUUAAAACUAUUUAAAAUACAACAUUAAAAGCAGUCUAAAAAUAAAAUAUUUUUAAAAUACAAUAACAAAGAACAAGGUGGGUCCUGAAAAUAUACAGGUCAGGUACAUUCCACAACAAUGGACAUAUAUCAGGAAAUCUAAUGAACAUUGGUAAUUAACACAAGGACAGUGACCCAAUGAAAGGGUGUUUAGUUCACAAAUCUGUCAUUUUAAUAAAUGAACUGAGUAAUCAGUUACAAUUAAAUGAGUUUGCAUAUUACCAAACACUGAUUAUUUGUACCUUUUGUAGAUACUGAAGGGAGUAUAAGUGGAUAUACAAUUUGUUGAACAAAAACUGCCAUCCAUUGUUAGUAGAAAGGCCACUGUUAUAUGUUCUUUACUCCUUUUUACAGCAGAAACAAAAUAGCCUCAACAUCCCACAAAAAAGAAGUUGAAAGUGCUUAAACUCACAGCUCCAGCAAUUAAAACUUUCCCAGGUUGAAAAUUGCCCAACCCAAUAAUUUAUUCAAUGUAGGUAACUGAGACUGCCAUUCCUACGAACACUUAACAAAAAGUAAAUGCUGUGGGACACUUCAGAAUUUUGGAUCUUGCUGCAUUCCACUAAUAAAACAUAUUAAUUGUUGCAGCCCUAAUUAUUACUUUCAGCUUCAGAACCCACUGGUAUAUUUUCACCAUGUCUUUAAAUCCUCCAUCAUAGGAUAUUUUACUUACUGUUCCUUCUCUUUGCAGUAAAUGUAUAAGGGACAGGAAUAGUAAACCUCUGUCCUAAACAGAUACUGCUAGACUACCUAUCCUAAAGAGCAGCUGUUUGCCUUAGAAAAUGCUGCCCAUCCAUUCCCAGGCAACUUACUUAGGAUUUUCUAAUAGCAAUGUGUACAUCAUCUGAAAAUGUCUGGAAGGUGGAAAUUACUUGUACGUGCUGGGGACAAUGUUCCAUUAGCAGCAAUUUAUUAUCCUUAAGAGCCUCACAGGAGCAUUUAUUAACACAACAGAACACAGACAUUCACAAUCUGUUGUAGUAUCACAUUGCAUUUGCCCAUCUGUGAAUCAGCACUAUAUUGCUCGUUUUAUUCCUAGACCAAUUUUUCUAUUGCUUAAAAUCUGUCCUAAAUCCAUAGGACCAACUGAGGGAAGGGAGGGCAGUGGGAUUAAUCCUGUGACAAAAUAAAUCACCAUAAUUGAGAAAAAACACAAAGCAGGCACAUGACAUUACCCUUGGUGUUAGUGCUUAUAAAAUGGAUGCAUUUUCCAGCGAUAUUUUAAUUACAUUCAACUAAGCUAAGGAACAGUUUUCAAUUCUAUGUAAAAAGCUUUGAGAACUUGUUUAAAAAGCAAUAUAAACAUUCUGUAUGAAUAAGACUGCAAUCCUACACUUACAUCAGUUCAAUAGGGUCUGCACUGCAGGUUUCAGGUAGGACUUGCUGCAAGAUUAUUUGCACCUCCAAACACCAACCACUGGCCUGUGGAUGAAAGAGUAUCUGUGUGUGAAUGCAAGCAAUGUGUACAUCCAAACAUAUUGGCUUGGAACCUAAGAAAAGUUAACCUAAGGACAUUCAGGGAGGUGAAGUUUCCCAUUCCUCCCUCCUAGCUGCAGGCAGCUGCAAGGCUUUUCAGAGGUUGGGGAGCUUGCCUGAACAACAUGGCAGGAGGUGUCAGGAAGGGCUGCUGAAGUGCAGAAGGAAUGGGAAAUGGUCCUUCUGUGACUUAAUUUUAGGACUGCAAAGGGGGGGUGGUUUAGCAAACAGGAAAGUUUCAUUCUAUAAGCUUUCUUAAAUUAACUCUGCCCCCCCAACACAACCCUCAGACACCUUCCCUUUGUACUGUCUCCUGUCCCGCCUAAUUUUUUAUUUUAAAAUUUAUGGGGUUUGCUUUGCUUUUUCUUUAUUUGAAGGGGCUGUCUUCGCAUGGGGGGCGGGUUGCCUGCUUUUUUGUCUGGGCUUUAUUUGUUUUGGGUGGUUAUGUUUUCCCUCUUUUUUGGUGGUUCUGAGCAUCACCAGUUGUUAUUUUGUGAGAUAGGUAUUUUGUGGUGCCUUAACAGUUCCUUAGAUUUCCUAACAAGUCUCCAAGCCUCUGAAGGUUGGAGACUGCUGGGUUAACUUACCUUAGGAUUCAGGCCAUUGUCAUUAUACCAGUUUAACUGAUAUAACUACCCUGGCUUACCUAUAGUCUGAAGAAGGCACUGACAAUUUCCUCUUGGAGAUACUCUUUCCACCCCCCAUAAAGGAUUCAUUGGAGAGAUAAUAAUGGUUAAACCAACUGCCAUCAAGCCAGUUGUCUGUGGGAAGAGCUGUGCGAAAGAACCAGCCCUGACCUAGACAUUGAUACCUGCUCAACUUCUGGGUCAGGUCUGGGAUGCUUUGGGGGAAGGGUUGUUCUUGAGUCCUGAACAUCUACAUGUGAAAGCCCACAUUAUCUGACACUCUGCACUUUAGUCAAUGUCUUGAUGAAGCAUGUUUGCAAGCCUCUGUGGACCUACUGACGCCACCUAGAGAACUUUUAUAUUAAAAAACAGUAUAUGAACUUCAAAGGAAUAAACAAACCAGUCACUAGGAGAGCUCAGCUAGAUCUUAUAUGGGAGAACUGAUAUUAUAUCUUUCUACAUUGUUUUCUUUUCCUAAAAGCAAACCUUGGGCUGGAUUUGAAUCAGAACCAUGACACAGAAGAGGUGGUUUGAACCCUUCCCUACCACCCACCAGAGCCUCCUAUCCAACUCCUUAUGUAAGAAAAUAACAUGUAGGGAGAUCCAAUAGUAGAUCUCCCGUGUUAUGUCUGGUUUGGUCCUUAAGUCUAUAAAUUUGAAUGAAAUUGGAAAACUCAUCAGUUUUAAAAGGGGAAAUUCAGUAUCUGAUUCAAGCGAGCCCCAAUUUUCCCCAUGGAUCUGAUCUGAUACUUCGUGCAUCCAGUUAAGUAGUUUCUUCCCCAUGAAAGCUCAUGCCACAGCAAAUCAAUUCAUCUCUAAGUUGCCACUGCACUUUCUGCCUUUCUCGAUGCUCAUGGAAAGUUUGCUUUGUACCUUUCUUUCUACCUCUGUGCUCCUGACGAAAACUGUUUAUGGGCUGAAGGCAAGAUGUGACAUUUUCUUUUCAAAGUUCAGGGCCCAGAGGAGCACAGAUGACUGUUUCCCUUUCUUAGCUUGCCCAAUGCACAGUUAAGCUACAUGUGCUUGUCAAAUGAACACAGAGGGGUGCACCCUGAUGUAGCCAAUAUUUAACUCUGAGGAAGCAUAUUGCUAUUUUAUUUUUAUUUUAUUUUUUUAAAAUGUGGACCGUUGCACACGGGUCAUCAUGCAAACAUAAUCACAUUUGAAACAUAGAUCUAUAGUUACAUCCAUUUGUACUUCCACCAUGCCUAGAAGGUGGUAUUUACUGCUCGGUGCUUAGAAAACUAAAUGCCAAAAGGUUUCAAGAGCAGUGUAAACAGUCAAUAUAAACACAAUUUGCAUGUAAUGACUGGAUUCCUCUAACCUCAAGCGAUGGGAAGAUUAUUUGUCAGAUGCCUUUUUGUGAGAGACAAAUUUCCAGAAACAAAUAAUUAGGUUUGUAACACUGCAGUCAGUGUGGCUUCUUAUUGAUUAUGAAGCUAAAGCAAAGUUGCCCUCAAGGCUGUGUCAAGUGUUAACGGAAUACUAGGUUUGAAAAGACAGAUAAAACAAUGUGAGAUUUAGCCUGGUUGUUAGCCGGCUUUUAUUUUGCUUGACAGAGCCUCUCUUCUUGUUACAGUAACGAGACAUGGCAAUAGAGGCCUUCCUUUCAGGGUGCAGAAUGGGAAGCAGUGUGUGUCUGUGUGUGUAUAAUGAUAUAGCCAGCUGCUCCUGAAACCAUUGGCCAUUAAUAUUUCCCCAUUGAAUGGAUUGCCUGACAAAGUUUAAAUGUUGUGUUUUUAAAUUCCAUUGAGGUUGUAUUGUUAGUGCUUGAUAUGAUUCCUCGGAAGAAAACUUUUUAUGGUGUCAAAAGGAUGCAAUGGAAAUAACAAGACUUGGCCGCAGCAGAAUUUAACAGGAGAAAAGAUUGACACAGGAAUCCAGACAAGGAGUAGAGAACAGGGGAAAUGAUUUGGAAAAGCACUGCACAGGUCAAGAGUCCGUGGAAUUAAGACAGUCUCUUAGGAAUUAUAAAUAUAACAUACAAGAAAUCAGUUCUCUGAGUGCUGGUCCUUAGCUAGCCACAAUGAAAAUCACAAGAGGGGACGUUUUGAUAGGGUUGGAGCAUCUCCAUGGUUUGUAUACCUUUUAAAUGAUACUAUCUUACAUUUGGCACUUUAUUUUAUUAUAUUAUUGGACUGGUUAAAGGUGUGUUAAUCUUGACAUGAACUUGUAUGACUGCUCUGUAUAGUGUUGUGUUAUAUUCUUUUAAAAAUAUUAUUAUUACAAACCUGAAAUGAAAACAUUUUCCCCCACCGAGGGGAAAACUAUAUCUAUCUAAAAACAGCCCAGCAGGCAAGUGAUGCUGACUUUUUCUAAGGGAAAACAGAGAGGUGCGAGGAAGAGAUAAUGGAACUUAAACAUUCCAUGCCACAAACAUUCUGUUGCAGAUCCCACUAGUUCAAUACAACAUCUGUAGCGAUACAGUUGGGAUGAGGAGUGGGAUUGCUGACUCCUCAUCCUGACUCAGUGGUUUUGCAAGGUCAGUUUUGAAAGUUGUUCUAAAAUAACAGGAGACGGAACUGGUAGAAUUGUGGGUGGUAGUAUGUCAGGCUGCAGGUGGACCCUGUAUUUUGAACCCUUCCCUGUGUAAAAAGCUUGCUGAAUGCAGUGAACAGUGGCACCUAAACUAUUUUGCUUCAUGGAAGGAGAAACUAUUUUUCUAGAUUUUGAAAGGUGGGAGCAUUAAAAAUGCAAACCUCCCCCAAACCUAAUGGUGGCAUCUUUAUGCCAUUUUAAUGGAACCAUGGAAUGAAUUGCACAUCCACAAUAAAGUGUGUGGUAUUUGAGAACAUUUGUAGAGUUAUUAAGGGAAAAUAAGUUUAACCCUUUGAAAAAUUAAAAACACAGUACUGUAGGGAUAAUCAGACACACAAAGCCAAAAUACAGUGGUACCUCGGGUUACAUACGCUUCAGGUUACAUAUGCUUCAGGUUAGAGACUCCGCUAACCCAGAAAUAGUACCUCGGGUUAAGAACUUUGCUUCAGGAUGAGAACAGAAAUCGUGCUUCGGCGGUGCGGCAGUAGCGGGAGGCCCCAUUAGCUAAAGUGGUGCUUCAGGUUAAGAACAGUUUCAGGUUAAGAACAGAUCUCCGGAACGAAUUUAGUACUUAACCCGAGGUACCACUGUAUUUCACAAAUCAACAAACAUUUUCAUAAUAACUGAUUUGCAUUAGCCUUUCCUCAAAAAAGCUUUACAGUCAUAGUUCCAGUAGAUUAAAACUACAUUCUAAUGUAAAGGUAAAGGUAAAGGUACCCCUGCCCGUACGGGCCAGUCGUGUCCGACUCUAGGGUUGUGUGCCCAUCUCACUUAAGAGGCCGUGGGCCAGCGCUGUCCGGAGACACUUCCGGGUCACGUGGCCAGCGUGACGAAGCUGCUCUGGCGAGCCAGCACCAGCGCAGCACACGGAAACGCCGUUUACCUUCCCGCUAUAAAGCGGUACCUAUUUAUCUACUUGCACUUAGGGGUGCUUUCGAACUGCUAGGUGGGCAGGAGCUGGGACCGAAAGACGGGAGCUCACCCCGCCGCGGGGAUUCGAACCACCGACCAUACGAUCGGCAAGUCCUAGGCACUGAGGUUUUACCCACAGCGCCACCCGCGUCCCAACACGUUCUAAUGUAGAGAGAAGCAAAUCUGUAUUUGUAAAUUAAUAUUAAAUGUUCACAAAAUGUUCACCUAGAUAAGGUGAGGCUUCAAAUUCACUACUUUGAAAACAGUAGUAAUUCAGUACUUGAAUUGUUAUGAUUAAUUUUGACUUAAUUUAGGGGGAUGCUAGAAAGUGUGAUAUGUUAGGGAUGAAUGAAACACACAGGAGGAACGCUGCUGGACCCAAGCAAAAUAAUCUGAUGAUUAUUCUAAGUUCACUCGUGUUGAUCAUAACCUGUUCUGCAAGGGCCCAAGACAUUAUUCAAGGGAAAUUUAGCAGUUAGGAUCACAUGUAGUCACAGUUGGCACAGUCACAGUGCUUCCAAGUUUGAAUAACCAGAUCAGCACCUGAGAGAGCUCCCAGUGAGCCAAACCUGGAGAAGUUUCUUCCCUCAUUGGAUAACAUGGGAAGAUGUUAACACAGCAAGUUGUUGUUCUCCUUGGAUAUUAAUGGUAUUUCCAGGCUAUAACAUUAUUACUCCUCUAUUCAAAUGGUUCAUAAAUCCUACAACAAGGAGUUGGUGAUAUAUGAGGGCUUAUAAUCGCAGGCAAGCCCUGUGCUGCUGUAAGAUAGUUUCCCCAAAGGCCACUUUCUGCUUGUGCAAAGACUAAAGGCCCCUUGCCUGGUUUUGUAUUCUUACGCUUUUGUGAAGCUGAGGAGAGGGGUUGUGCGGUUGGUAGCUCAUUCUCUGACAGUGUGGUUAUGUAUUUUUCCUGGGACAGUGCAAAAGAGGGUCCCAAAGGAUCCCACUUUGAGACAACACCCAAACCUUCCGCUUGUCUGCAACAUCCUCCAUGCCUUGUAAGAACCCAGAGCCAGGGGUCGUGACACACAUAAAUUACUAUAAUUUCUCAAAAUUCUAUUCAGGUUAGACCCUAAAUUUUGUUGCACAUUCUCAGGGCUGCAGAGUAUUAUAUAUAUAUAUAUGUGUAUAUAUAUAUAUAUAUAUAUAUAUAUAUAUAUAUAUAUAUAAUGUGUAUAUAUAUAUAUAUAUAUAUAUAUAUAUGUAUAUAUGUAUAUAUAUAUAUAUAUAUUCUUAAAAUUGCUUCACUUUAUAAUAUAAUUUCAUCUGAAGCCACACUGCAUCAUGCUUUUUGUAGUUUUGAACUUCCUUUUCCUUUGACUCUGAAUGGAGCAGAGGUCACUUGGGAGUAUAAACAUUCAAUAUUUUAAGUGUAUCUUAAGUGCAAAAAUGUGGUGCUGUUGGGAUGGACAAAAUUAUGGGAUGGACUCGAGGCAAAGGACUGAAAAUAUUGCAAUAAAUAUGGCAUGCUGGUAGCUCUUAUAUUGAAAAUCCUAAAUUACCAAAAUCUUCCAGAAUGAACAUACAGAGUUUCCUCAAAAAACUAUGGAUUUCAGUAAGGCUACAUGAAUUUCCAGGCCAGCAUACUGAUGCAGCCAUAGUAUUUGAGUAUGAUUUUACUAUUGAUGGAUUUUGGCUGUAUUCGUAUUAUUUGAAAUUUAGUUUAUAAUUAUAAUAUAAAUAUUGUGCAGAGAGAAUAACAAAAUGUUGCCAUAUUGUUCCACAGAUAUUGACCUCUGGAUAAUGAAAUGAUAACUUUGGAAUGAUUUCUAUAGGUCCCUUACAAGAAAAAGAGAGUGAGAUGUGAGUAGCAUCCAGGAGCUGAUUGGCAGACCUUUGUCUUUUCUGUGAGCAGACAUCUAUUUUCUUCCUUCUCAUUUAAAGAUUCUAGUCAUGACUGUGACUCAAAGCCUAAUGAUCUUGGAGAUCUUGGCUGAACUGUGCCCAUCAGAGGAGGCUGUUAACAGAAGUACUUUAAAAUACUUCAUCUAUAUUUCUUUUGUUUUAGCAUCAAACGUUAAACGAACCACAUCAAAUAAGAACAAAAUAGCACUUCUGCCCACUUAAUGGGCUAACUGCAGUGCAAAGUGCCCAGGGCAGCAUGCAGUUACGCUUCAAAUACAUCUCCACUCACUGAUAAGAUCCAGACCAGACUAUAAUGAAAUUAACAGUGUAUAUCACUGACCCUAGCACACAUACACACUUCCUAAAGCAUCAGAUUAAAACAAGGGCAGUAUCCAACUAAGUCCUACUUAGAGUAGACCAUUGAAAUUAAUUUACUUACAUUAAUCAUACCCAUAGAUUUCAGUGAACCUUUUCAGAUAAUUAUUGUCAUGUGGGCAGGGCAGGGGGGAAGAGCUAUUUUCCCUCAGACUUACAAACAAAACGAAUGCACACUAUGGAAGGAGAGUGGAGGGAAAAGGUAGAGGAGAGAGAUCAAUGUGAAAAGAUCAGAAUUUCAGCAGAAAGUUAAAGUAUACGCCCUGACUGGAAAUGAAGUUGUAUGGCUGCCCCCAAAACCUUUGCAGGCACAAAUAAUAAUAAUAACAACAGUAAUAAUACAUUUAUUGUCAUUGUACAACCUGUGUACAAUGAAAUGAAAUGAAAUAAUAUUGAAAGGGGGAUUGUACAUGACUGUCCCGAUAGUAUGCCUUGUGAGCACAGAUAACCAUGAAUGCACAAUAAAAAGGACACCCUUAAUUCACAUGGAUACUUGUGAAUAAACAGUUUGUCCAAAUGUCCAUGCAUGUUCUGCUGUGGCAAUGGAAACCUGUCCAAAUUGACCUUUAGAUGUUACCACAAUGCAAGUAUUAAUAAUAUAUCUGUGCACAAAUAAGUACUCUCAGAAACAAUUUCAACCAUUUGUGCCUAAGGUACUGACAAGAUCCCUUUUAAUAUAUAUUGGCUUUUUGUAUCUGGUGAUGAGAAUGUCAGCUCCUUGGAGGCAAGGAGGGCUUGAGAGACUAAGAAAGCCGACGAUUUAAACUUGAGCAAUACUAAAUAGCCAUUGUCAACAUGGACUGCAGUGAGAUGGGGCAAAGAAUAGCAGUCUACAGAUCAGAAGGCCUUUCAUGUCACGAUGUUCGCAGUACAGUAUUUUCUGUCACAAGCAAAUUUGUUCCUCUCCAUUCUAUCUACAAAACAUGUGGAAAUACAACUGAAGGCCAAUUCUGCUUUGAUGUUCUAUGAAAGCCCAAUUCCUUUUUCUUCUGAUGCAAUAUUUCUAUUGAUGUUUCAUUAAAAUGCAUUAAAAAUGUGAUUCCCUAUCACCAAAGCAUUAUCUACACAACUAUUCAUUUUUUGAUGGACUAGGACUUCAAACACAAAUGUAAUUACACAUAUGUUUACAGCUAAACCUUCAACUUGAAAUGCAUGUCUGUCCCUGUCACUCUGGUCAGUUUUUGUACAUAAGGAGGUUUCAGAAGGCAUUUACAUAUCAUGAGGAGAAUUAUUUUCUAUCCCAGGAAAAUAUAUUAAUACACACUUUGAUAUGACUUCUUACGUAUUUUAAAAAUGCCUUAUUUAUGCCUAAUGUUUUACAGACCUUUACAGACCUAAUGCUUUACAUGAGUCUGACCCAAACAUGCCAUGAUAGUUAAGCAAUGCCUUUCAGUCUCUUUCAUUCUCUCAAGAGCCAAUGUGGGAUUUAGGUUAGUGUGGUGGGCAAGGAUCUGGACCUUGGGGCAUUCAUCACACCUCAGCCUAACUUAAUUCACAAGAUUGUUGUGAGAAUAAAUCGAGAAGAUAGAACAACCAUGCAUGCUACCUUGAGCUUCUUGGAAGAAUAAAUUAAAAAGAAGUGACCAAAAUGGUUAGAUAGAAAUGUAAAGGUAAAGGGACCCCUGACCAUUAGGUUUAGUCGUGGACGACUCUGGGGUUGUGGCGCUCAUCUUUUUUUACUGGCCAAGGGAGGCGAUGUACAGCUUCUGGGUCAUGUGGCCAGCAUGACUAAGCCGCUUCUGGUGAACCAAAGCAGCACACGGAAACGUCGUUUACCUUCCUGCCGGAAGCACUUUGACAUGCUUUCGAACUGCUAGGUUGGCAGGAGCAGGGACCGAGCAACGGGAGCUCACCCCAUCGCGGGGAUUCGAACCACUGACCUUCUGAUCGGCAAGUCCUAGGCUCUGUGGUUUAACCCACAGCACCACCCACGAAACAUAUAGAACACUAAAAUAAGGACACUUAUAGUCCACUACCUUCUGAUGGCUAGAAAAAUCUGCUCAAGUACUCUUUUCUUGAAACUCAUUGUAUGAAGUCUGCCUUCUAAUGGAGACUUCAUCACAGAGCAAACCAAGGCGUAGUUGGCACAAAAAUGUUUGGCAAUGGAAAAUCUGACUUUAUGAAUUUAAAGCAUUUUCAAAUUCUGGAUGAGAGAUUUUUAGUAGCAGCCAAGAAUGUAACUCUGCUUACAAAAUGCAAGUUGUAUAUUUACUAGUAUGGUCAUAGAAACACAUUAGGUGGGAUCCAGGCUAAGUUAGGUGAAGUUCCUACUGAAACCAGUAAGACUCCAUGGCUAACUUGCCUGGAUUCCAAUGGGACCUAAAUUCAGCUAAUUUACUGACAUUAAUGGGAUUUACUCUCAGAAAAGUGGGCCCAGGCCUUAGUCUGGUUCCACCCCAGUGAUAAUAAUAAUAAUAAUAAUAAAUUUUAUUUAUAUCCCGCCCUCCCCAGCCGAAGCCGGGCUCAGGGCAGCUAACAACAAUAAAACAGUACAAAAGUACAGCAUAAACAACAGUCUAAAAUCAUUCGUUAUAAAAUUAAUUAAGCAUGAUCAUAAUCCAUGCUAUUUUUCUGUAAAAAGAGGUGCCAGAACUCCUCCCUUGUUCUCUUAUCAUCAUCAUCAUGGCAAUGGUGCCCACCUGAGAGGUGCUUAAACUGAGUUCCGCCAAGUUCCAGCUGAAGAAAAGCUCUGAUCAUAAUUAUUAUCAUAGGUAUGCCAAUGAUAGUGAUUAUGUUCAAGCAAAGAAUAGUGAACUAUGUCUACCAAUGGCCUGAGAGAAUCGGCUGUGAGUCUUGCUGGACCUGCCCCCUUCCUUGUGCUAUGUUACUUGUGUGGUGGACAAAUUAUCAAAUCAGCUGUGGAACCUGCUGAAAGAGAUUAGUCAAAUGUUGACUUCUUUUAGAAAUUAGAAUUCAAUUAUUUGUUUGGAGGGGGAAGAAUAACCAUGAGAUUCUCCUUUCCUCACUGCCAUCUGAAAACUGUUCCUAAAUAUAUUUUGUUGGGAGUAAAAUCAGUAUUUUUUCUUUAUUAUUUUACUUCCAAGGAAUUAUAUGUAGGAUUCGGCUGCAACCAGUACCCUGCAAGAGUAAGUGAAUUGGGUAAGUGAAUAUAUAUAACGGUGUAGAAAUAAACUGGCUAGCACAUUUGCAAAGCUAAGCAGGGUCUGGUAUGGUUUCAAAUUGGAUUGGAGACUGUGUGUUGAGAUUCAGGGGUUGGGCUAGAUGACCCUUGGAUUCCCUUCUAGCUCUAUGACUCAGUGACUCCAUAUAUAUUCAUUAUAAUUCAGGCUGAUCCCUUAUAAAGCAUAAAAAUAAUAUAUUAUUUAUACCCCACCCAUCUGGUUGGGUUUCCCCAGCCACAAUGAAUGCCAACAGGGAAACAUAGGAGUUUAAUUUGUUGUUGCUGCUGCUGCUGUUGUUGUUUAAAAACUUAUGCUAUUUUAAAGGUCCCUGUGGUUUAACAAAGCUGCUAAAAGACCCAUGUCGUUUCUAAAUAUUUACACAUUUGUCUAUAUCAAAGGAAGGUGCAUCUGCUAUUAGCAGCAGCGUGGAGGAGGCGAGGAGUGUCAGUAUCCUGUUCAAUGAGUCCCAGCUGGAGACGCCAGAAAAACCCAGCUGGCUGAGUGAGUUCUUUACACAUCGCGCCCCUAGUAUUUAUCCCUCGCCUCGCAGCUGCAACAGGGACCAAGUGCACGGCAGCAAGCGAUGGUUUUGCUGCUUUCUUCCCGGACCUCCAAGCCAGGCGCUUGCCAAAGUCUGGCAGAGCCGCCUGAGUAGAGCAUCCUCCGGGAGCUCCUUGCAAGCGGGGAGCAUUUGGUCCAAGGCAGCGGCGAGGUGACGCGGGGAGUAAAAGCGGGGGCUGGGUGGAGGUGGGGCUGGGAGAGACGCUUGAGUCGAGUUGGGUGCUGCUUGGAACAAGCAGCGCCCCGGAGGAGUCUGUUGGGAGCGAUAAGGAUCUGGCGUGACGUCAGAGAGGAGUCUGGUAAGUGCAGCUGCCCAGAGGCGCGGGGAGCUCUUUCGAGUUCUGCUGGAGAGGACGAGGCAGCGUUUUGCUGAGGCGGAGGGCAGCAGGCAAGCAGCGGCGAGCUCGGGGGACCGCGGCUGGGGAAGCCUCGCCCGCCCAGGAGGGUAAGCGAAGCCCCUGGCGCGCGGGGAGGGAAUUUAGGCGAGAGAAAAGGCGGGAAAAAAGUGAGGGCGAGCGGCGCGCCCAGAGGGAGAGGCGUGGGGGGCGCUCACGUGGAGAAGUGAUGGGGGCGGGCAGGAAAAAAGGGGUCACCAAUGUGAGGCAUACUUGGGAGGGAAACGUCGAGAUUUAGGCCUUGCAAAGCAGGGGUGGGGGGAAGCUGUGCCCAUGGCUGGACUGGAACACCCAUCUCCCUCGACAUUUAUUUAUUCAUUGCGCAUAUAUCCCACCUUUUUCUCCGAGGAGCUCAAGGUGGCGCACGCGGUUCUCUUCCUCCUUCGAUCCCCACAACAACCCUGUGAGGCAGGGACUGAUCCAGGUUCACUCUGUAACCAUUACGCCACACAUGCUGGAUGGGGUGACUGAUGGGUUUUGGAGUCCAGUAGCAUCUGUAGGGCUGCAGCUGCCCCACCCCUGCUGUGUGGGAUACUGAGAUGGAGCAGGGAAAGUAUCUAGUUGGGCAAUGAAGGUGACAAAAUACUCAAAUAAGUAUUGAAAAAAAGGCAGUAGAAGUGGUCUAGAAGCAUUAAUCCCGGAAACCUUGGUUGCUGUGGCUGGCUCAAAAAUUGAUACUGGCACCUGUGGGUUAUUAGCUUUGUAAAUUGGCUGCUGUUUUUUGAAGUCCUUAAAGUAAGGGGUGAAUAGUGUGUUUUCCGCACUAAGAUCAGACCUGAAAUUGGGUGAGAGUUCUUCUGAGCAUGUACAAAGAACAUUUGGCUCACUGCUGGACUUUCAACGCAUCUAGGUUUAGAAAGCUGCUUGUAGGUUAGAGAGAGUGGCUUCCAAGCUGGUUUAAUUGUUGGCAGUUAUAUUUCAGCACUUUGUAGGAGAGGACAGUGGAGGAAAACAGGGAGCACAAAGGUAGUGCUCUGAAAGUGCACGCUGAGUUCACUUUGUGUCUUGUUGUGUAACACAAGCUGGUUUUUUGGACAGUGCCAAAGAUACAUUCAGAUUCUCUUCUGAUGAAUGGAGAUUUCAGUCAUCUACAGUGCACCCACUAUAUGGCGGGUUCAAAACUAAGGUUUUCUUAGUUAGCAGGACACACAGUAAAUCCAUGUAAUGAACCUCUACCCAAAUGCAAUUGCAGAAAAAGAGCAGUCUCUGGUGCAAAAACUGCUUUGUCAGUCAGAAGGGAGUGUAAUUGUUGGUCAGCGAGAGUGUAUAGUGGGGUUUACAUGCAUUUGGUAGUUCGCACAAUAAUACCCCUUUGUGUUAAUAGCAUCCUUACUUUGUGUCCUUUGUGUGAUGGACACUUCUCCAACCUGUUGAAUCAGACAUGAUUGUUGAACUACAAUUUCCCCUGUUUGCAGGUUAGUAACAGGAGAGACAUAUUUUUUCUGAGAGGGGAAUUUGAGGGAUUGAUCAAGGUGAUACAGGAAUCUCGCUUUGAGGCAAAUUUGCCCCUUCACCAUUGUGCUGAGUAUCUUGUCCUCACAGCCCAAGUUGCGGCAGUAAUGUAGGGAUUCCUGGUCUGGAGUUUCGACUAGGGUUUUGAGAAGUCAGAUGUUAGUAAUCCAUUAUUCCUGUCUGAUAUCCUGUUUGUUUAUGGCCAAACUAGAUUAAGCAGUGAAGAAUUAGAAAGUGAGCAUUUUCUAAUAUGGGAAUUGGAACAAAACAUAAUUCAGGGAGAUGUGUUCAGUCCUCUUUGAAUGUAUAUUUUCUUUUUAAAAUGUAUGUAUUUGUAGCAUUUGGAGUUCUAGAUGUUUAUGAUUUGAAAGCUAAGCGGAAGAUACAUACUCAUUGGAUACUGCUGACCAUUCAUAGUGCUUUGAGAAUAUUCUAAAUGAAACUGAAGUGCUUGAUGUUCUUUGCCUUGGGAAAUAUGUGUAGAGGGAUUAAUUAAUACAGAAGUGGAAAUGAAACCUGCUGGCUAGAGAUAUCUUCCAUUUGUACCAGUUCAGUUAAUGCUCAUACUGUAUUUGAAUGCAUCUUUAUUGCCCUUAUUUUAAUAUGUUUGGGUGCUGGUGGACUUCAUUGCUAGUUCUGUCUCCACCCUUCCUCACAACCCCUUUAAAUCCUACAUAAUUGGACUUGGCACAGUUUAUUUUUUGGUAGUCAGUUUUAUGAAAAGGGCAAGUGGCUUUUGUAUAGUAAAUUAGAAUGGUAAUGCUGAAAACCAAUGAUGAGAGCUUGGCUGGAAUUAUCAUUUGUUUUCAUAGUGAUCACAGGAAAACAUUGAUUCACUUGGCUAUUAUAAGUAGGUCCCAAAUGCAGAAGCAGGCUCAUUGACCCCUCCCUAUUAUGCCCAGGAAUGGAAGAGAAGCAAACAUCUCUUACAUUUCUGGUGGCAGACUGGAAAUCAUGUUCUUCCUUAAGAAGGCUGCCUUGAAAACAAAAGGGGAUGAUGCAUUUUAAUUUUGGAUUUGUAUUAAAAUAUUAUUUUUUAUGUUUGUAGUAUAAGCCAUUACUCAAGGGAAACUAAACCAUGGCUUGGAGUGAAUUCGGUGUCCUCAGCUGGCUCAGAGAGAGUCGGCAAUCCCGGAAACUAA